GUCUGGCCUUCAUAGCGGGGUUCCGGGGUUGUAGCUUGGAUUUGUGGCGUGGACAAUCUCACUGUAUCUGAGUCUGCCGUUUGGGUCUGAAAACUUAAUUUAUUGAUGGAAUAUUCAUUAGAAUACUCGAUUACUAAAAUAUUCGAUAGCCCAAGUGUGAUCAGAUUGCACCAGAAGUGUUAAAUUGCUGUUGAAUAAGGCAGUGAGGUCUGAAGCUCCACCAGGGGGCGAUGCUGCUGAGGUGACAGCAAUCUGAUGGUCGUUAAGCCCAGCGUGCGUGCGUGUGUGCGUGCAUGCAUACAUGCGUGUGUGUGUGUGUCUGCCGGGGGUCGACUUGGGGGAGGAAGAGGAAAAGAUGACCAUUUCCUGAUGCGGCUAGAAAAUAAAACAAACAGGAAACAAGGAGCACAACUCCCAACGAGGAGCAAGAGGAGGCGGACAGAAAGCAAUCCAUUCAUAUAGGAGAACCAGGAGAACCGAGGGAGCCUAGGAGAACCAAGAGAACCAAGGAGAAACAGGCAAACAGAGGAGACCUGCGGCACAGAUCAGCACAAACAUCUGAACCUCAUAAUAAACACAGUAAAAACCAACAAUAAGAGACACUGUGGAGUACAAACAACCAGCUAAGGGGCUCUCGACCUGGACUCAACACACACAUAUUUACUGUACACAUAAACUCAUUAUCACACACAGUGUGGCAGAGAUGUCAGAGUCCUGAGGAGAAGGCCGGGAUUACUCCUGAUUUCUGCAAAGACUGAAGAAAAAGGUAAGAGCCGCUUCAUCACUCUGUCAUAUUUUACUGAGUGUUGGGAAGCAAAAAUGUCCAACUCCAACUCUGAAAGGUUUGCAUGCUGUGGGAAAUGAUGAUAAAAACAGAGUUGAAUGCUUUGCAAAUUAUUUAAACCAUUAAUUGAGAAAUAGUGAAAAGAAAACUUUAAGAGAUAAAACAGAGAAUUUUAUCCCAACUAAUGAGGUGAAUUUCCGAGAGGUUAAUAACAUGACUGGGUAUUAAAAGGCUGAGUCUCUCAGAUGGAAAGAUGGGAAGAGGUUUAACACUCUGUGAGAGACUGCAUGAGCCAAUGGUUGAACAGUUUCAGAACAAUCUUCCUGAGUGUCAAAUAUGAAAGAGUGAGUGGAUUUCAUCAUCUACAGAACAUAAUAUCAUUGUUUAAAAAGUUUAUAAAAAUCUGGAGAAAUUUCUGUACUAAAGAGAGAAGGACCAAAACCAAGACUGGAUGGUCCUGAUCUUUGAACCCUCAGGCAGCACUGUGUUAAAAAAAAGACAGGACUCUGGAGUGGAAAUCACUGCCUGGACUCAAACACAGUUUGACUGCUGUUUCUCACCAGUUGUUGUUGUCAAAGCUGCAUCAUCUUUUCCUCUACCUCACAAUUCACCUUUGGGAUUCCUCUCUCACUUCAACACUUUGUUUGUAUUGGUUUGUGACUUUUGCACACGCUGUGCUCUAAGCUCUCAUUGGUCAAUGUUUGUGAUGUCACAGAAAAAAAUGUUGGGAUAAAGAGGAGAAAGCAAACAUGUUACACUUUCUGUCAGAGGAUGUGAGGUGUCUCAGGUUUGGUGAUUGUGGUUCACUUUAAAACGUGACAUGAGAUAAAGACAUUGACUUUUAGGACUACUGGUCUCAGGACCCUACAAUGGCUGGAUCAAGCUAUGUACUUGUAAAAAGUUGCCCAAACUUGGCAUGAAACCUAGGGACAAUAACGUACAAUAAUCCUGACAUUGCUGCAGUAGAUUUCCUCAACCUGCAGCAGGGAAACAGGCUGUGAUGGCUCCAGUGUGAACCUUUAGGGCAACUGUACCCAAUCAGAAGGCGCUUACAUACCGACGUUUCAAGGCAACAGGUUAGUUUUUUAAGUUAUAGUUUCAUAACUGCAUUCUUUGCGUGUGCGCUGAUGCUUGUGUGUGUGUGUGUGCCUGCGUGGGGUGUGUGUGUGUGUAUGUGUGUGUGUGUCGUCACUACCACCUAAUCAGCCUGUAUAGACCUUACAAAAGUAAGCCCCUGUGCAAGCUGGAAGGAAGUUAUUGUUAUGUAAUUAAUGAAGUCAGACCUGAGUUCCUGUUUCAGGAAAUUUAACAUCCAGUUUCAUCUGUGAGAGAAACAUGACCAUGAACUGCACCGUGUAUUUACACUGUUUCUUUAUUGCACAUCUCUACAGAAAUGUACUGUUUCUGGACUGCACUUGACUGUCUUUUUUUUUUUACUGCGCUUCUGUCUUUCUUUGUUGCACCUUAUUGCCUCUUUAAUGCAACUUAUUGUACUAUUUACUGUAUGAACAUUCUGAACUUUACUGCACUUUUUACUGCUCUUUACUUUUUUUUAUAGAGCCUAGAUUUCUUCACUGCACUAUACUACCUUUUAUACACUCAUUGAAGAUCUCUUUGCUGUACUUUCCUGACUUUCCUUGACACACCUAACAUCUCGUUCUGUACUUUCUUAACUGCAUCCAUUUUCUCCAAUACAUCUGCCUGCUUUUUACUGUGAUGCACUCACUACUGCACUUGACUGUUUCCUCACUGGAAUUUAAAAGGAUACUCCUGCCAAAUUUAAGUACCCUACACACACCAUAACACCGAGUUAGGCACCCUCUCGAGAGAUGAAUUUUGCAGACCACUUGCUUCUCUAGUUUUACCAACUUUAGUAACGACCACAGGAUAGCAAUACACAGCAUGUCUCCACACACAAACCUCAACCAAAACGCCACUCUAUAGUCACAAAUAAUGCUCAGAACAGCACCUAACUUCAUCCACAGUACAUAUAGGGUCCCAGCUAUAGUACUAGCCACCAAACAUCUUUUUAGCUUUGCCUAAUUUCUUCAGCAAAGAGACCAAGUACAACUCCCCUCCUCUCUUCCAGCAGCCGCUUGUUUGUGGGGGAGCCCUGACAAGUCGAUCACGGAGUGCAGCAGAGUUCUGCAGCUCAAGGAAGAAAAUUUAUGAUCAUUACUUCAUGGAAAUGCAAUCAGACCGAGAUGCUAAGGCAGAAGAACUACUGUGUCUGCAGUGCAAAAUAAUUAUUAUGAUGAUUAUUGCUUCAUGGAAAUGAUUGCAUUUCCAUGAAGUAACAACCGCAUGAUAGCACUUAAAUUUGAUUGAAAUUUAUUAUGUUUCUUUGCUGUACUCUUUAAUCUUUUUAAAUGCACUUAACCAUCCAUUUUUACUUCACCUCAUGCAUGCCCCUGCACUAAUUUUGUGGACAAAGAAAAUAAAAGGUCUGGAUUGAGAAAAAGCAGAAUAAAAUGGCCGAUUCAUCUGAUUAAUUUACCCAGAAAUGAAACCUCUUUUUCCUCAACAUUCAGAGUUUUGUGUUUCAUUUCUUGAAGCUUUAUUAAACCAACAAAAACAGCAACAGCAGCAAAAUAAAGCCCUCAGUCAGACCUUUGACUGUAUCUACUUCUCUUUCUGUGACCCAGUGACCUGAAGAAGCCCAUAAAUACACGUUUGAAAUAUCUGCAGCUGCUGAUUCAGCAGCACAACUUUCCCUUUAAAGAUUGAUUUCAACACUUUCACAAUUCAGAGAAAAUGACUUGAAAUGCUGAUCCUCAUGUUCUGAUUUCACUGCAGAGCCUCAGAAAUACAUUUAACUUUUAGUACCUUUGAAAUAUUCAAACUGUGUAGGGGUUAGCGUUAAGAAAUAAUCAAACAACAAAAUGACCUUACAAAAACUGUAAGACUUUGGUGAUUAUCACAUCUUUAUAACACACAACUUUACAAUAACUUGGGGCUGACCUUUUUGCUGGGAUCAGCAAUUGUCAGGGUUCUGUUUCAGCUGUGGAGCACCUAUUAAUUUGUCUCUGCUAAAGAUGGCUAACAGCUGUCUAACGAUGAAGCCAAAAUAAACAGAUUUGACUGUGAUUAAAUGACAAUAAACUAGUGGUGUGUCGGUCUUGAACGAACGGAUCAAAAGAACUAGUUCUUUUUGAUGAACGAAAUGAACUAGUUCUCCCCCUCCAAAUGACCCGUUCAAACCGUUCAGUUCUUUUGAUUGGCUGAAGAGGGACUGCUUGCCUGUCUUAUCCUAUCGUCGUGCCUCGUUCUGUGUGUGGGUGGGGCUUAGAGAAGCAGCAGCAGUACUACUGAGCUGACUGAAAGACCGGAAUGACCGAGUUGACUGAAAGAACGGGUCAAAUGAACGAAAGACCUAGUUGACUGAAAGAACGGGUCAAAUGAACGAAAGACCGAGUUGAACGAAAGACCGAGUGAACGAAAGAUCCAGACGGAUGAACGAGUUGAACGAAAGACCGAGUUGAACGAAAAGAAAAUGACAAUAAACAGGCUGAAAAGAUUCUGAAAUAACCACACCUGGAUUCUGAUCUGUAAAAAGCCUGAAUGCAGGAUUUUUCAGAUGUGACUGUGAAAUUUGCUGCAAACAACUUGUAAAAUGUUCACCUUUAACAUGGAGUUUGGUGAAAAACAGUUCUGUUGCAACAUCAGAACCAAAGAUUUCCCACGCUGAGAGGCUUUCAAGACACAGCAUAGCAAGAGUAGCUCACGAAUUAGCGUGUAAUCUUGUGAUUGCCUUGGCUUUGUGUGCUUGAAAAAUUAGUUUUACUUUGGGCCUGAACACACCUGCAGAGCAUCAAGAAAAGAGUUUAAACUCAGUUCUUUCAUAAUCUUGUAUAUAAACUCUGGAGACCUCUCUUGAUUGGACUGGAUUUGUAUGGGACAGUGAACGAUGCAGAGCAGACACGUACCCUUAAAACAUGUGUGUAUUUGUAUGUGUGUGUGUGUGUGUGUGUGUGCAGAGUUGUUGAAGAGCGUUAUGAAACAGCCCUCAUGGAGCAGCGGUCUGGGAUCAGAGAGAAGGAGGGAAAGAUUGUGGUGAGAUAAAGAUAUCAGGUGUCUCUUCACGGUACAGAGACUUAAAUGAAGACAUCCUUUGUGAUUUAUGCUCAAGAUAACUGCACUGAUAACACACACACACACACACACACUCUCAUUCUCUCUCUCUCUCACACACACAGACACAUCUCUCCUUUUAAAAGUUGAAGUUAAGUCUGUGCUGUUUGUAGUGCCUCAGAGCAAAAUGACAGGGCUCAGCGUGUGUACAUAUCAACAUGACAUAAUGGGGACAUACAAAUGUUCACACCCUUUUAACGAGGACUCAGUGUUGGCUACUGUAGUAAUGAUCAUUUAAUCAAAUCUGGGGUGUCUGAGUGUGUGCGUGAUACAUACAUAUUUGUUUAUAUGACUUUGCUUGCUCAUGUGGGGACACUUCUUUCUUGAGGGAGCAUUGAUUGUGGUUCCUAUAAAAUCAAUAAUUAAGUUUGAAUGUGAGUGUCACGUGUUGAUGUGUGUGCAUGUAGAUGUGCUGCUAUGAUGAUAACAUAGAGAUUCUACUGCCUAAAAGAGACACAAUCUCAGUCCUUGCAAUAUUACUAAUUUCAGCAGAUCUAUUCUAAGUGUGUGUGUGAGAGAGAGUAGUAGUGAGGGGUCAGACUUGUUGGGAUAGACCUCCUUUAUACUAAAAAGACAUGUUAUUUUUACUUUUAAUAUUAAUUCCAUUGCACAAGGUAUGUGCAGACAGUGAGACCCGUUUAUAUAACACUGUAGGGACGUAAGAUAUUUUUCUCUCCUAUAAUGGGGUCAUAAACUUCUUCCGUAAGUGUUAUUUAUUUGAUCUGCCUUAGUGUGUGUGUGUGUGGUCAUGCAGACAUGUUUAUACAACACUGUGGGGACAUUUAUAUAUAAAUUCCCACAAAAUGGGGACUCUUGCCUUAAAGAGACUUAUCCUUGCUCCUGAUAUGCUGGCACAUGCUGACUUGUUACAUGAUCUCGUUGGGACAUUUAUAUGUUUAUUCUUGUACAAUGAGGCUCAUCCACUUUAAGGAGACAUAAUCUUAGUCUCUAUUGUGUAAAUCACUUAAAAUGAUCUUGUGUGUGUCUUGACAUACUUCAGCAUUAUGGGGGCUCAUCCGCCUCAAGGGGUUAAUCAUUUUGAUAAAUCUGGUGUGUACAUGAAGGUGGAUGUUCAUGUAAACAUGUAUACAUGGACAGUCUGACCUUAUAUACAUAACCCUCUUGGUACAUUAAUAUGUAUAUUGCAACAUUUUCGGGAACUUGACCUCCUUUAAGCUCCUGUGAGGAGUUUUUAGUUUGUGUUGAUUUUGGCACCCUCUGUGGACACAGCAGGCUAAGUCGAGUUUGUCUAAUGUAUUGGCAAGAACUGAUUCAUGACCAGAAACCUCAUUGUACUUUAAAAAUUAAUCAAACAAUCUUCAUUUUUGCAGUGGAUCAUGUGAAAACACCCUAUUAUUAUGAUAGUCAGUCGGUCUCAAACCUACCUCUUACCAGCAGUUUUUCAGACACUAAAGUAACCUCAUAAGUUAAUGGUCUUUUUUGUUUCUUAGGUCAUAGAAGGCAUCUUUUUUUCACAUCACUUUGUUUGAUAACCAGAUAAAAACUUAUCACAAUAGCUUUAAAGGGAAGUCAUUUCAACUUUUUUCAUGUCAAUCAUUCAGUUGAACUGGGGCUCAAUGUGUGGACAUGUAGACAUGUUUACAUGAUGUUUUGGGGACAAACAUAAGGUCUUUCUUACAUAAUGGGGACUUGACUUCUGAAACAGAACACAAGUAAAUUUCCCAUCAACAUAAAUCACUUAACUUCAUCUGUUGCGAAUUAGUGUAUGUAUGAGUGUGUGUUUGGUGACCUCUGUUGAAAGCCCAGUUAAUGAGUAUUGUGUCAGCUCUUUGUGUGAGGUGUGUGUGUGUUUACCAGAUGACUGAUGACUCCCAGCCACAGGAAUGUGACAUACACACAAACACGCACACACACACACACAAUGUUGAAAUAACGUCCUCAUUGAACAGAGUUAUUUCUGUCGGGGAAAUGAUUAGGAAACUGCGAUUAAUAAAAACAAAUAACAGGAUGUAGUUUAAGAUAGAAAGUUAGGGUGUGGCCGAAACCUGGACCCUGAACACCCUCACCCCUUUUUAACUGGAUUGAGAACCACAAUGAACUCUCAGAUGUCCAAUUAUAGAUGAUAAAAGAAAAGGAGAGUUUGGCCUGUACAGUCAAAAAUGACAAACCACUGCACUGCUAAACACAGUGGUAGACCUCCCGCACUAGGAAGUUAAAUUUUACUUUAAUUUAGGUCAGUUUGAACUGUUAACCCCACACCAGCUUUAUUUAUAAGAAUAAAAAUGUUCUGGUGCAAAAAUUUUUUAAAAAAGCGAAACAAACCUUAUAACCAACAGAUGUUUCUCUGAGUGUCUUAAGUGUUGGGUGUUGUGUAACCUUAAGGACACAGAGUGCAGAACACACUGACAUGAUGUUCACUUUCUGAGAUGAUUUUCACACAUACACUUUCCAGACUCUGCACCUGACAUUUUCCAGACUUGUCUAUUUAUGUAUGGACAAAGUCUUUUAGUCAAAGUGAGUGUGUGGUUGCUUAACCAUGCUAAAAAGCAUUAACAAAAACACCCAAGCCAGCUCAUGCUGGCACUCAGAAGCUUGACUUUUGUUGCUGUUCAGGUAAAUUGGGAAAAAUGAUGGGCAUGUGUGAGUACAAGUAUAAGUCUGUAUGUAAGUAAAGCUCAUGCAGUGUAAAAUCACACAAUUUGCUGCAGAUAUUCAGGAUCUGAAGCGUAUUAUUGCCUUUUCUUCUGAAGUAAAAUACAAUAAAAUUAAAUAUUGAUAAAAUAAAUGGAAAUAGAAAUGAAAAAAAAAAUAAUAUGAAAUGUAUCUGUUUUCUUUAAAUCAAUCAAAUUCCAUCAACAAAAACAUUCAUUUUACCUCGCUGAAGGAGUUGCUGGUCUACUGCUGCAUUGAUUCAUCCUUGAGUCUGUGUGGUUUGUCUUUGAGUUUGUACUGCUGGCUGUAAAAAUGUCCUGUAUUGAAAUUUCACCUGUAAAUUCUUGCGUAUAAAAAAAUAAUAUUUAUAGUUAUAUAUUAUUUUCCCCUCAUGGAUAAAGAGGAAACUAAAGAAAUGCCUCAAAGUCCCUCUGUGACUAAAUCACCACUUAAACCUUGUGUUCUGCCCCACUCCCUGAUUGAUUUCGACAUUUCCGACCGCCCCUGAACGCAGCACCAGCACAGCGCAGCAGGCUCUCCUGCCUGCUGUCUCUCACUUAAGCUCGUAGACUUGUUGCGUGUAGUUUGCUGUGUGUCCGAGCUCCGUGCUUUCUCCGGUAACAUCUGACGGUCUGUGUACCCCUCUUGGGACGCUUCAGCCCGGGUUCUGAGGUCAGGUCGAGCCGUUGAUCCGCCACCAUGGCUCCCCGCUGUGAGUACAUAAACCCGGCUGCUGAUAUAGAGAUCUGUGCGUGUUAGAAAAGAGUAUUGAUAUGCAGAAAGUUUAAAACAUGUUACAGUUUAAUUUUAAAUGUUUUAAUUUAUCAAACAGGGGGAUUUCAGAGUUUCAAAGCUCUUAUUCAUUUAUUUAUUUAUUUCUUAACCAAAAAACUGUUUAAAUGAGGAGAAAAUUUAUUGGAGCUGCAGACACAGUGCCCUUCUUGAUUUUACAUUUAAAAUGUUCUGUCAAAUCGUUUAAAUGAGCUGAAUGUCCUUCUCCGGAGUCCAAGGUGACGUGUUUUAAUGAGUAAAUAAUUUUUCAAAUGUUUAAAAGGUCACCAUAGAAAAAUUACACAAUUCUAACAUUUUGCACGAUCUCUAAAAAGUAUGGAAGAUAAAACUAAUAAUCAAAGUGGUUGUUGAAUUCAGCUGAGUAUUGGUUAUUGAUUUAGCUGUAAGGUGCGCGUCUCAGUAGAUGUUUGAUAAUGUGGAGUUUUCCGUGAGUUUGUCUGCGGGCCUGAGCUCAGUUUGAACCAUUUCUCUGCUUCCUCAGUGGCUUUAAGAAUUUCUGCAGUAAAGUGGACCCAGGUCCUUGGUCUGGUCUAAAUCUGAUCCUGGUCCUGAUAAACGCUGACUCUGCACAGUCAUGUCUCUGAAUGACUUUGAGAUGGUGCGUUUGAGUUCGCAGGAAAUGUCACUGAUUAACAGGCUGUUAGUGAAGGGUUUUUUGUGUGGAAGCAGCUGAGUUAGAGGACAGGACACCAGGUAGACCACAUCAAUAAAGCAGAGAACAGUCCAGUUAUUUUGAAACAUUAGCUCUGUUUUAUUUGGGGUGUAAAUGACUUAUGGACAUUAAAAGUUUACAAACGCCAAUGCCAUGAUUAUAGAUCUGUUGAUUUAUAUGUUAUUAUGAUUAAUUUAUUGACUUCCUUAUUCGAUUCUUGUGGAUUUCCUGUGUGAAAAAAUGGUGUGAUGGUUGGUUUGUGUGUCAAAAACACAGAUUUCUGUUACAGGUCUUGUUAUCUUCGCUGCCCCUCUGAGAUAGGGAAACCUAGUUUCUGAUUGGGCCUUUAAAGGUCAGCUUAGAGUAGAUUCAGCCUGAAAUUCAUCUCCAGAUGGCAGCCCUGAAGAAGUUGCACUUUUAUUACCAUAAUAAUUAAUUUAAUCAUGACAGAUUACUUUUUUUGAGGGACUGGAUCUGGACAGUCUGUUAGUGACCUCUCCUUUGAAAUGUCAUUUAAAGUUUUGUAAGGUAUUUGAAACUAAAGAAAGCAUCACUAAGUGAUGUUGAUGGCUUGAACUAGCUGGAACAGACUCUGAUCUGGAACCAGUUUUUGAUUCCCCUCCUUAGUGUAGAAUUAGAAAAUCUUCCUGUCUCAGAAUAUUUUCUGUUACAUAUUCAGACUCUGAGCCAGUCAUGGACAACAGCAUGAACUUUUAGUGAACACACUUUGAAAACCAUUGCAGCAACUUCAAAGCUUUUUAUUAUUUUGACCUGAAACAGGGCUGAAGUUUAGAAACAUCUGGAUCAUCCUUUCAGAGUACCUAUAAAAGCGUUUCCACAGGUUCGAGUAGAUGACAGCCCACUAACUUUCAGGUUUCCAAGCACUGCGUUCACUGACACAUUACCGGAGGUUUCCACAUAGUUCCUGCUGACUCCCAAUGAAUGUGUGUGUGUGUUUGUGUGUGUGUUAAUUUAAGCUGCACACAAACAGAAGAAUGUGCAGGGAUCAAAGUCUCACUCUCCCUUUAUCCAUUUGUCACUCCUUUAUUCAUCCAUCUCUCCUUUAUUAUCCCUCUGUUUCCCGCCCUUCCUCUCCUCCUCCUCCUUCCUGAAACAGCAGGAAUAAUGAAUGAAGUAAGAGAAGCAGCUGGACUUGGAUUUCACCUGCUGACUAAAACAAUUAAAGUUCCUUUAAAAGGACAGAAACAGGAACAGAAGUUACUUGCAUGUUUGAGUGUAAAUCUUUCUGACCUUUGACCUCUCUACUGCUGGUCAUCUGUCCUAUUGGCAACCUAUACAGACCGUCCAAAAUGAUUAGUUUGAACUUUUCUUUCAAACUGAAGAAAACUCACAUGGUGUUUCAUUUUUAGAAAAGAGCUUCAUGUGUGUCACAUUUAGAUGAAUCCAAAGAUGAUGCAAACAGAGAAGGAUUACAGUUUCAGGGUAGAGAAACUUCCCUUUCUCAGCUGAGCUCUCCUUAAAACUUAUUUUUAUUUGCACUGGAACACUGAGAUAACCUUCACGCUCAGACUCACAGAUAUGCAGACGAUGUUGGGUUAAAGUUUGACUGAUCUCCAGCUGUAAUAAAACAGAGUCCUGAUGGAAAAGAACAGAGCAAUUGGACACACCCUUGUUGAGAGCUAAAUUUAUGACCCUCAGUAAACUUUGCCAUCGACCAGAGAAGGAGGAGCUUAUCAGGCCCUAACUGACGAGGAAAAAUACAUUCAAAUGUCCAUCAGAUGGGUCAAUAUUUAAAAAAAAGGGAGAUGAUCUUUUGGAACCAUGAGCAGCUGUUACAGCUCCCUCUCCUCACAAAAACAUUUCACCUCUUUGAAAUCAGGAGUUGCUGAUCUUCUACCAAUAAAAAAACCAACAGAUGAAAGCAGAGGUAGAACAGCAACUCCUCUGUCCUGGAAAUGAAUGUGCAUUUGAAAUAUUCCCUUCUCUGACUUUCUUUAUGCUUUUAGUGACUAGUUUUUUUGUUUGUUUGUCAAUUAAAUGUAACUUAACAGACAGAUGGUACAUCUGAAUGCCCUCUAUGGAGAGGAGAGGACUUGUGAAAAUGGUGAACCUUCUUACUCAGAGCCUCUGACUGACUUGCAUUGAAGGAGUUGGUGCAACACUGAAGGCAUACUAGGUUUCCCUGAAGUCACUUAGUUUACCCGAGAAAGAAGUGAUGGAACAUACAUUAGAAUCUCUGGUAGGGGAGGCUUUGACUCCUGGUUCAACUCCCUCUUCACUGCAACAGUCUGGUACAACACUUGUAUUGCUAAUGGUCUAAAUCGCCUCUCAGUAGGAAUGAAAGACUGAAGAAGAAAAAGAGGAAGAACUUGAUUGAUUUCCUAAGGGGGUCUUUUUGCUGAAACUUCUGGUUCAGUUACUAUUUGAUUUGAUUUUGAGUUACUGACCGCCAAAGAAGCAGUCUAACUGGUCUGUGACAGUGGAAACUCUACACAGGUAAACCUGCUGAUGGUGCAGGCUCAGGUGUUUAUGUUUAGGUGUCAGAUCAGCUGUUGUUAAAGCAUUCUGAAAGUCUGCACAGUCUCUGCUGUGGAGUCUGCAGACCUGUUUCAUCCAAUAACACGUUGGUGGACUUGUUUAGAGAGAGCAAGUCAAGUGGAGAGUAAAAGAGAAGGAACACUAUGUCAAUUUACAACCAGGCACACGUUUCAGAGUUUGAUUCACAGAGGCUUAGCUGCUGCCCUGACUAAUCUGUGUCAGGAUGUUGUUAGAGUGUUUACGGGGAAACUGAGACUCUCCACCAACAUUAAACCAGAGUGAAGCCUCUGGGAGACUAUUUACAGAGAAACCAAGACUCUCCGGAAUCAGAUGAAUGGUCUCUUCUCUGCCAAAACACAAAGCCAAAAGUUUCUUGCAGAGAAAUUUCCUCUCAGGAAAGUAAUAAAAAAUGUCUUGGUCUCUCUUGGAGGUCAGAUGGCUACAUUGCUGUUCAUGAGAAUAUAAUAGAUUAUCCCACACAACUUGUGCAUGACUCAAAUAUUGAUAUCUGAAAACACUUAGCUUGAUGACUUUUGUCAGACUAAAGAAGAGAAUUAACUUUUGGUCCAGGCAGUUUUCUUCAGAAAGACUCUUAGUUAUUGCCUUCAGUGAUAUUUAGCUGGGUGUCUCUUUUCUGAGAGCUACCUGCCCGUCCAUGUAUGUAUGUAAUGCAGAGCCAACAAAGGAUGAAAGAGCACACCUCUCCUCUAAAUUUCAAAUGGAAAAACUGAGGCAAGGAAUGUACUCUGUCUCUAAAGUUCAUGUGCAAAAGCUGAAGUAGGACGGCACAACCCCCUCUAUUUCAUGUGCAUAAGUCAAGGCAGGGAGAGCAGUAGCAAAGACAGUAGACAUCAGUGACAAUCCACAUGACCUUGGCUCUAUCAGACACAUCACAAAAAGGAGGAGCUAGGGUGGAGGUGGGUUGCAGAAAAACAGCAGUUUUAAAAGAAUUGCUAAUGUGGGGUUAAGAUCACUUUGAUUUUUUUCUGUUAGAGUUUUUAAAAAGUACUUUAAGAAAGAUGGACUAAAGUCAUGACUUUAUGUAACACUGAGAGUCAGUUCUUUGUUUUGAUUAUCUCAGCCUGUCACCCCCAUCUUUAAAGUCCAUCUUUAAACUAAACCAGAGUCAGUCCAGAACCUUCUGCACCCCCUCACUCUGUGGCUCAUAUAUCAUUCAUGCUGUGACCUCUCUGCUGCACCACGAGCCGUUCACUCAACAACCCACAUUCCUCUCUUUGGGGAAAAGAUAAUAUUGCAUUUUUCUCCACAGCUGUUUCCCCUCAUGAAUGAUGCUGACAAGGCAGUUUUUCUAAAUGAAACACAGAUGCAUGGUGGGUAACUGUGACCUCACUGGGAGCUGGCUGUGAUGCCUGAACAGAGUGUUCGAUAAUGUGAUAAUUCAUGUUCUCGUGUCGUUUAUUCUGCUGCUGACCUCGUCCUCUGUAAGCCCGUCCUCCGCCUGCAGGCAGCCAUAUGAAAGCUGAUGUUUUAUUCUGGUAAUCUCAGUGAAGUCUGCCCUCCGUGUUCUGAAUGUUGACUCUCCUUCUGUCACUGCUAAAAAAUGUCCAAACAUCCUCGUAUCUGACAGGAAAACGGCGGAAAGCUUUUAAAAAACACACACGUUUGAAGAGCUGUUGUGUUUAUCACGUCCAUCUUAAGUUCUUGCUUGAAGGAACUUUGCAUCUUUCUUGCUGUCACAUUAGUUAUUCUUAAAUUAUUUAAAGUGAUUAAACAGGUUAUUUACAGAAUCCUGUUUUUCCAGUUCACUGUCAUCAAGGAGAAAAAAAAGCAGAAAAAGUGACUUUAACAGCCUGAAGCCCGAACAUUUUGACUGUAUCUUCCCGACAGAAUCACUCAGACUGACAGCUGAUUUUAUCUGCAGCUUGUGUCGGAUGUUAGCGGGACAGCAGCUGCUCUCCUAGGGUGGUGAUGUGAUCCUUGAGAUCGAUUUAAACCAAUAAUCAAUAGCAGCAGCUCAGCUCAGACACUUUGAGACAACUCAGAGUCGAGGCUGCAGAGAGGUGACCGACGGGACUUUGGAGCCAUCAAAGUUCUUUUACUAUCAGAGACACUCGACCCUGUCAAUCAUCUACUCUGAUGGGUCUUCGGUGGAAACACUCAGUCUGAUCUCUGAUCGUCUGAGUUUGACGAAGACAGAUUAUACUCAGCAGCUCCUCUGUUGCUAACCUGAACGCUACAAUAACCACAUUAUUCCUUUCUGAAAUAAGACUACUGAACUCAAGGCGAUGAUGGACAUUAAUUACGAUGCUUUAUAGCUUUACUGUGAUCAUUUAGAUUUUAUCAUAUACUUUGAUAAUGAUUUAACAUUAUAGAUGUUAGGCUAACAUGUUAACCUAGACUUUAGAGGUCCAGUUUCAAGUUGCCUUAAGUGGAUUUUUUUUACUUUAUGUAAACCAACUGAGGUUUUAACUGAAGCCAGACUAAUCAUAAAGUUCUGAGGAUGUUACAGGUGAUGCAGAUUAUAAUCCAUGAGUUGUUAUUUUAGUUUAUGAUGGUUUGCAGCGUGCUGUUUGUUCAGCUCAGGGGUUAAAUUCAAGAUACUGUUGCAUUGUGGGAAACACAGUAAUGAGAGUUUGAGCUCUCCCAGUUUGGUUAAAAAAUCUUCAUGUGUGUCAAAUUCAUGAAAGUGACUCUAAUAGUCCUUAAGCGAUUCCAUGUUGUAUAUCUGAGCUCUGUUGUGAGAUUAUCUCAGUCUCAGCUGACGUCCAUCAGUCUGUCUGCAGCCACACAGACGCUCUGUGUCCCACGUCCACAAACAUGUCCAGAAACAUGUUUCUACAUCAAACUGUCCACUUAUCAUUCCAGAAGAUUAACCAGCAGAUUCCUCUCUGCUCCCAGACAGGCUGUGUGUGUAUAAACACAACACACAUCAACCCAUGGUGUGUGUGUAUGUGUAUGUGUGUGAGAGAGGAAGAGACUCCUGUGUUGGUUAGCUCUAGUUAGCUCUAGCAAAGUUCAGACAGAAGGUGCUUCAUUUGGGGACACUGAGCUUUUGCUGUUUUUGUACAAAGAGGAAAUUUAUUGUCAGGCGAAGGUUAAAAACAUGAGAAACCCAGACAUGAAGAGUUUCAGUGGUCGAACAGUUUGUCCUCUCAAAUAUCAUUCUGUCAUGAAAACACAAAAAACUUACUGAGCAGGAAGUCAGUGAUCAGCUGUCAGCUGCUUUUAUUGAAUGAUUCCUGUUUUUAUUUUGGAGUGGACCGACUGUUCUCACUGUUUCCUUCAGCAGACCCACACCAGCUGAUUAUCUACGCAGCCAUUACUCAUACACAACACACACACACACACACACACACACACACACACACACACACACACACACACACACACACACACACACACACACACACACACACACACACCCAUACUGAAGGUCAAGGCUGAGGUUGGAGCCUUCCUCUGAUUGGAUAUCUGCUCCUCUUCCUGGUUUUCCUUUUUGUGUUUGUGAUGCUGAGAGGUCGCGACCUUGUCACCUCCAUCAUGUUUUGUAUUUCCUUGUGCUCCGCCCCCUCACAUACCUGAUUCAAAUGCAUCACACACACACUCUACAGACAAACUGACUACAAGCAAACAGGUGUUUGUAUGAAGAGAGAUAGAGUGAGGAGAGCCGAUGAUGUCUGUCCUAAAUGACACGUGAGGCUCCUGCAGAGCUGUGAGCGGCAGAUCAUCAGAGGAGAGGAGGAGCAGUAAGGGUGCUGAAGGGCUUUCUCAAAAAGAAAGAGUUAGUUCAGGCAGGCCAUGUAGCCCAGCUCAGAAUGGAGUACAGAACUGUUUAAUCACUUUAGCCAGCACUUUAGCCUGACUUCUCUUCAUGGUGCUUGCUCUGGACCUCCAUCCCAGCCCCUUCUUAUGCCAGGUCUAAUUUAAGGGUCUUCUGUAUCACCACUGAGGCCUGCUCUGCUCUGUACCCUGAGGAUAUCUGCUGCUGCUCUCCCUGCCUUCACCUUAGUUCAUCUUUCUUGUGCUGUGUCAGGUUUACCAGUGUCAUGUGGACUGUCAAUUAUGCCUGCUUUGUUCUGUAUCUUUUGGGGCUUUGGUAAAAAAAUAAAAGAAAUAAUAAUAAUAAUAAUAAUAAUAAUAAUGAUAACUAAAUAAAUAAAUAAAAAAAAAGAAUAAUAUUGAUUAAUAAAUCUGGGAGAAAAAAGUUAACAGGACAGAAGAUGUAAAAAUUAGGUUAGUAAUGAUGUAGAUUUACAAGUUUCAAGUUGAAAAUUAAUCGAAGAAGUUAUAUGGAUAUGACAAAAGUAUUACAUUUGUGUGGGAAAACAUGUAAAUCUAAGGAAAAAUGUUCUAGAUUAAUUGGAAAAAAGACAAGAUAUAAAAUAUAGAAGGUUUAUAUGAAUAAAGAUGGAAUUAACAAGAUAAGUGUAGUGAAUGAACAAGGUGAAAUCAUAAAUGAGAAAACUCUUACAUUGAUGAAACAACCCAGUUAUCUUGUGAAUUUACAUGAAAAAGUUAAUAAACAUAGUAGAAAAUAGUAAGAAUAAAAUCACAUAGUUUUGAGAUGAAAAUGAUAAAAAAAAGAAAAAGCCUUUGACUUAUGAGAAAAAGCAGAGAAGAACAAGCCUAAAUUUCAGAGGAAAGGCAUAGAAUGUAAGCUACGCAUUGACAAAAAAUGUCACUUUUUUAAAAUAAAUUUAAAAACUUUAUUUCUGUUCUGCUCAGUGUUUGUUUUCAUGAAUUCAGUAAAUUUAGGAUUAUGUUCUCCUGAGAUUUACGACCAAAGUCCUCAAAAUUUAGACCUUUACUUUUUAAAUUUCAACUUAAUUCUCAAAACCUCCAACUCUGCUUUUUGAUUCUAAUGCUUGUGGUGCUGGUGUCCAAGCAUCUAAACCCCCCAGAUGUUUUCUCCCUGCAGUACCUUUAACCACCUGAGUGCACCUCUAUUAAACUGUAAUCACCUGAAUUGUCCUGUAUUCACCUGUCAGAGUCUGAGGGUCUCAGUCCAUCUGUAAGUUCAUAUAUUAAACAGAUUAGACUGAUGGGGCUCAAACACCUCAGACAGUGUCUAGGUAUGACCCGCCCUCGUGGUUCUGGCGGUGAAGGUUUUGACCAGACCACACCCGAUGGUGGUGAGCGUCAGAGACCCAGGAGUCCUCGCCUCUGCCCGUCACACUAUCGCUGUCUUUUCCUCUCCCAUUGUUUGUGUCCAGAAGCUUCCGCGAUGCCCCCCGACCCUCUUGAAGAAAACAGGUUGUGUGUGAGCGCCGUCGGGCUCCAUGUGGGUUUCCUGAGCCUGCUGCCGGGGCUGCUGGGUAUUUAUGGAACCAACACCACUGAAUCACUUCCCACUUUGCCCCGUGUGUGUGUCCUCAGUGUUAACAUGUGUGGGCAGUGCUUUCCUUUAAGUUCAGUUUCUGAAUGUGUGUGUGUGCGUGUGUCUAUUUCUGGUAGCAGUGGCCUGAGGUGGUGAGACGGCAAAACCAACUACAUGAACAACAUCCGCCCCUACUCCUCACACACACACACACACACACACACACACACACACACACACCCUGCUUGUCCUGUGCGCGGGCAGCUCUCUUUGACCUGCUUUCUCUCAGCAACUUAAACGUCUCGUAGCCUUUCUUUGAAAUCUACACACAGGUUUCUGUACCUGUGCACAGAUUUGCUCUAUGUCCCUUCCUCAUAACUCCAGUCUAAACUCUCAUCAUUAUAAACUCUGCUGUUGACAGGGGGUUUAAUCAUUGAGUGUGUUAUUACCCACUCUCUGUUUGAACACCAGAGUUUCUAUGAAUGAUUACGGCGCUCUCUCUCUGUUACUGAGCCCGUCUCUGCUCUGCUGUCUGUUAAUUUUUCACCACUUUAUGUCUUAAUGGUUUAUCGCAGUGAGAACAUGUGACAUCAGCUGCUUAAGGAGAGGGCGGGCCCUGUCAGGCGCUUCCUGUUGACUGUUCCUUUAAGGAGCGGCUUUAUCUGUGACAAACAUGUCAUCAUAUGUCAUGCUGCAGGUCAUCGUGUGUCUUAGAGUUUUAAGCUCACUAAAGUCAAAAAGAAUGAUGUGUAGUUUUACAUCAUUUAGUUUAGUUUAUAUUAAGUUUGUCCCACUUAUGCUGUUGCCAUGGCAGCUAUGGUGUAAUAUAUAUUUGUGCUCUGAUUUUGAACAUAAAUCAAACUACAUGCUAAACCUUUGUGCAACCUUUGUUCAGCCAAUCAGAGAGCAGGUUUUCAGUGGCUUUAGUCAACUUGCUUUAGUGUCUUAGCCAUAAAUUGAGUCUCUGAGUGUCUCUGUCUUGCUCUGCAGUACUCCCGCUAAACCCUAGUCAGCAGUGGGAUGUCUUUGCACAUAAUAUUGCUUCUUUCCCACGAUGUUCCCAUCUUGUUUAUGCGCGGGAAACCGUGGCAACUAAUCUGAGUGUAAUAUAUCUGAGUUGGAACUGAUAUAAGAUUUGCUUCAAAGAAUGAAAGAAGGGAGCUGUUGAAGAUGUACAACGGGAGAAAAAUCUCUGACAGAAUUAACAAACUAUCAGACCUGAAGAUCACAGUUCUAACACGUGAAGAGGUUUCUAGAAGGAUGUACUUACAAUUAAAUCCAGUCUUUAGCUAAAUGAUGUUUCAAUGCUAUUGAUAAGAAUGAGACAAAAUACUGAAGUGCAUGAAAUAAAUCAUCAUCAUGUUCAUAUCAGAGCAGGAGACUGCUGACUGUUACAAAUCAGGCUUCAAGACUGGACAAACCUGUCUCUUAGCUGGUCCAGAUUAGCUGCACAGAGUGAAUCUCCAUAGUGAUUUAUGUGUCCAAGUUUUUGUGCACCAAAGUCAUCCUGGAUAAAGAAAAUCCCAGCAUUAUCUGUUAUCCAGGUUUUGUGCAGUAGCCCCCUGGUCAUUCAUAUCCCUGUAAACAUGAUCCAGUCCAAUGACUGCUUCUCAUCAAUGCAGAGACCUGUGAAGCCUAAUUUUAUUACACAAACCUUGAGAAAAAAUUCAACCAUGGCAGGGAACUGCGGAUUGAUAAAGCGCUGCUGCAGAGAUACUGAGUUACAGGACUAUAGCAACAUACAUACAGGUGAACAGAUUUCAGUGGUCCUUGAAGUGGUCCAAUGUGCCCCUGAGAGACAGCCUGAAAUAUCUGUGUGUAUCAGUAUAUUAGAUUAAGUAUUUUCUGUUACCAUGGCUGGCAGUCAGGUGUUGAACCUCAGAGCACUUUCCUGGUUAAACUUUACCUUCUGGACUUCAGGUAGUCAGCUAUGAUUAUAGUUUCACAGGAGGGUAAUUUUUAAGGGUCAAACUUGAUAGAGACCUUUAACUGUCCUCUAUUAACAGGACCGCUUUUGAAAAUACUUAUUAAAACUUGUAUUAUUUUAAGUGACUCAUCAAAUAUGAUUCAAAAAUUUAACCUCUUUACCAUACAAAAUCACUGCAAUAUCUAACUGUUAAUGGGAUAUCCCUGUGUAAAAUUAAUUUAGGGUCAAACACACCAUAACACCGAGUUAGACAGAGAUGAAUGUUGCCGACUGCUUGCUUCUGUAGUUAUACCAACUUUAGCAACGAUGCAUGGAUGUGUAAGGAUGAGGAGGACAAGGAGACGGAUGUGUUUCCAUGGUUACUGUCUUUGUGUGUACUUCAGCCCAACCCCAGUGUUAUAUCAGUCUGGCUGUCAUAAACUGUAACUGCCUGUCUCAGGGAGGGAGGGCUGUUAUCAGCACUGUUGGUAGCAACUUCCUUUAAAGUCUAAAUACAACAGGUGUGUUUAACAAGUGUGUGUGUGUGUGUGUGUGUGUGUGUGUGUGUGUGUGUGUGUGUGUGUGUGUGUGUCAGCUAGAUAAAAGUAGCUGGUUUAUUGUCCAUGUCCAUACCUGCACUUUUUGUUUGUCAAUGUUUUGCUGAAAUAUGAAAAUAAAUAUUUUUCCCUGAAAAAGUCUUUGUCUGGAUGUCAGCAGAUGUUGCUUCUAAACCUGUAGAUAUUGUUCAGCAUUAAUGUAGCCUUCACUCUGACCAUCAGAGAUGCUGGCUUUGAGCUGGGCGCUAAUAACAAGCUGGAUAGUCCCUCUAGUAUUUAGGGUGAAGUUCCAUGAAUCCACCCCCCCACCCCAAUGAAUGAAUAAAUGAAUAAAUAAGUAAGUGCAUUUAUUAUUUUUUAGACCACAAACUUCCACUUCCUCUCACUGUUCACCUUAAAUAAGCUUAGGUCCAGAGAAGUCUCUGGUGGUUCUGGAUCCUCUCUCUGGGGAUGUGGUUUUCUCUUUGCAUGGUUCAGUUUUCACCUCAUUUGUGGAUGCAAUGAUGAACUGUGUUCAUAGACAAUAGUUUUCAGAAGUGAUUUUGAGCCCAUGCAGUGAUUUCCACCCCAGAGUCCGUUUUUAAUGCAGUGCUGCCUGAGAGUUUGGGUUUUGGUUCUUAUACCUGUAGUACAGAGACUCUCCAGAUUCUCUGCAUCUUUUUUAUGAUAUUAUGUUCUGUAGAUGAUGAAAUCCACUCAUUCUUUUACAUUUGACACUCAAAAACAUUAUUCUUAAACUGUUGAGCUGUUAGCUCAUGCAGUCUCUCAGAGUGGUGAACCUCUUCCCAUCCUUAACUUCUGAGAGACUUAUCCUCUCUGAAUGUCCUUUUUAAACCCAGUCAUGUUACUAACCUGUUGGAAAUUAACGUCAUUAGUUGGAGAUGUUCAUCGAGCUAUAUCAAAUUGUCAAUGUAAAUUCUUUUAUAAAGUCAUUUUCAGCUCUUGGAUUGAUUCAUUGAUUGAUCUGUUGCUCUCUCCCUCUUCAGGUUCCUCUCUCCUGGUCCCCCCUCCCCCCGCUCCAUCAUGCCCAUCUUCAAGAACCUCCCAGUACGCCUGAAAGGCGGUCCGACUCUAGAGAACGCUCUGAUCCUGCGCAGGAUGAGUCUCAACAUAACCCCUCGCCAUCACAACCCCUUUGACAAUGACGAUGACAGCCUCCAUGGAAACAGUGACCACAGCAACCAUUGGUCGCCCGGUGGCUCGCUGCUUGACGGCAAUGUGCAGAGGGACCGCAAUCCUUUUGAGGAUGAGGAAGAUGAGAAUGAGGCCAACGAAGAGAAGAAGGGGAGUGGAGGCAGAGGUGGGAGUUCAGGGAAGGGGUCAUUCAAGUUCAAGUCUCCACUAAAGUCUUUAGGAAAGUUGGGAAAGAACCUGAGGGUGUCAGGCAGGAGCAAAGGAAGUGAAACGCCCUCACCACAAGGGUCGCUGCAGGGAACACCUUCACCUUCAUCGAAGAAGAAGAGAGGGAGGAGGAGCUCAGAGGGAAGUUUGCUGAGGUAAAGAAUGAUUAUGGUGGGUUAUGUUGAGUUGAGAAAAAACUAUGGUACUCAUUCUGCCCUCUAACUUCACCAGAUUUGCAGGGAAAUACCGUGACACCCUUGGCUCCCGAAAGGACUCUAUCACCAAUGGCGAGCUCAACGGUUCAGAGAGUGAGUGUGACUCCAUCAGCCGACGCCUGUCGUUGCUGAAGAUGGUGGGUCUAGGGAAGCUAAAGAGGGAGUCUGGGGCUGAUCACUCGUCUCAGGGCCCAGAGGAGCAGCCAGUCCAGGAGGAGGUGGUGGAGGAGGUCAAACCAAGAGAGCCGCUGUCAGGUGAGAAAACUGAUAUGAAGAAUACUUUGUUUCUACUUUUCUUCAAACAACCUCUUUGAGAUUUACCACUGAGGAUAGGGUCUUGUUAAUCAGCGCUGGUCUUGUUUCUGACCAUGUUACCAGUGAUUGAUACUUGGUCAUUAGUGUGCUUUUAAUAUAAAAUCCAAGACCACUCUGUUUAUUGGUUUCUUUAUGUCCAUGAAAGCCCUUAAGUCCCACUCCAAUUGUCGUUUUACUACUUAAGGUGUUCUCAGUGGUCUUAAAAAUGUGAUUUUGAAGUUUUUAGCCAAAAUCAUGUCACCUGUGUCAUUUUCAAGGGCUUUUCUUCUGCAUAGCUCCAGUAGCUCAUUAGCACCACUGAGUCAUGGGCAGAGACAGCGCUGCUCUGUAGAAGUGGCAGGUAACAUAGGAGCUAUUCAGCUCUCGGUCACUAAUGUCUUUGGGGACAUGAUGAAAGUUAAUAUCAUAAUUAGCUUUCUUACAUGCAUUGCAAUUCGCUAAAGCACAAGCUUGUUCCGCGAUGGCUUCUCUACUCAUCAAGUCUGGCCUACAUAGCGGGCCUCCGGGGCGGGGCUUGAAGUUGUGACAUAGAAAAUCUCACUCUGUCUGAGCCUGCCGGAUCAGAGUGGGUCUCUGAGUGCCAGGUUUAAAGGUUCGAAUGGCAGGGUCAUUAGCAGAAAUGUCAUACAGUCUUACUUAGUAUAUUCUUGUUGGUGUAAAAUUACUUGAAAACAUGAAUUGUUGAGCUCUCAUUGAGAGGUUUGUCCUUUGAGCUGAGAUUUUUUUCUUUACAGAUGUUUUUUGUCUUACCUUUUGGUGAAACUUUUUUGGUGAAACUUUUGACCUUUUUGGAUAGGAGCAAGAUGGUUGGACACGAGAUACUAUGAUGUAAAAUUAUUGAUCAUAAAAUAAACAGAAAGAAUAAAUAGUGGGCUGAGGAGGAUGUCUGUGAUGAUGUAAGUUAUUUUAAUAUAAGCACAAUGAAGAAAAGCUACUUCAUAAUAUGAUUAUAUAUAAAUCUGGCAAACUUUUGUCAGAGAAUGUCUGAAGGAAUUUUAUGGCUCUUUGGACCUAACACCAGUAGAAGCAGUUAAAGUGGUGACUGUCAGCCUUCAUUGCCUAACUCCAGGUGAAGGUACGCUCAGUUUCUGCUCACCUCUUUAAGAGUUUGUUUUCAUACCACCCUGACUGAUUAUAUCAGUGUCUGCAGACAGCCUGACGGCUAUUUUAGACCCCAACCCCCGGCAAUGAUGGCUGGAAAGGGAGAGGGGAGGGUCACCUCUGUGAGAUUAUGUAAUCCACCAAUGUGGUCCUAACUUAGUAAGCAUAGGGUGAAAGUCCCCAUUUGGCAACAAAUUCAUAAGUCCGUGUGUGCUAUGAAGCAUUUUUUUCAGGGCGUCUAUUGUUUAUCACACCCUGUUUACUCUGCUGUUUUACAAUAAAUGAUUGAAGUGUGUGUGUUUGUGUGUUGAGUUCCUCCACACCCUAUUAGUGUCGAACCCUUACUCUGUUUUAUCAAUCAAUAUGCUUUUAUCACUUUCUAUUAACUCAGAAAUCACUUGGUUUACAAAAAAUGUUGGAAAUCUUGAAACUAGAAUUAGAUCAUUUCCAGGUGUGAAGUCAAGUCUGACCUGCAGUCAGGUUUUAUUAGAGUAAACAGAUCAGUCAGAAAUAAAACACACUGAAAACUCAUCAUCGGAUAAUUUUGACUUCUUCUGAAAUCUAAGACUGAAAAGAUGAAGUUAAGUCAGACGUAGUGGUGCUCAUUAGUUGGUGUGAUGUAUUACCUUAAUUUUCAAACUUGGUCGAGGCAUCUGUUAUGUUUUUAGUUUUUUAUCUGUUUUUUGUCCGUCACAAGUUUAUUUUUAUUAUUUUGUUUUAUUGUCUUUUUUAAUUUUGUUUGAUUUUAAUGUUAAUGUUAAUGUUAACAUAUAAAGGUAAACUGGGGUAGCCUCUAUCCUGCUUUUGUACUCUUUGAUACACCAGUUGAAAAAGCAGCUGCAACUAAACCUCAACAUGUAGCCUCAGUGUCACACUUAGCUGUUAUUACAAAAAUCACACACACACACACACGCACGCACACACACACACAUGCUGGAAUCCUCUUAGCUUUAUAAUGUCACUGUGUUCAGCUUAAAGGUAAAGGUUGUUUAGGACUGAAUUAGAGGUCCCUGGUUUACUCAGAUCCACCAGAAACCAGAGUCCUGAGCCUGAUAACAUCCCUCUGCUGCGGCUGACAUAACCUCCUGGUUUAGUGUUGAAAGUGGUGGUUGAAAUGCAGAGAAAGUUCUAGAUGUUCAGGUGAGGGCUUGUAUCCACAAGCUGCUUAAGCUCCUUAUCAGCAUAUCAAGAGAGAGAGAGAGACAGAGAGAAAGAGAGACAGAGAGAGAGAGAGAGAGAGAGAGAGAGAGAGAGAGAGAGAGAGAUUGCUAAACAAGAGCAAAGGAGUCAGAGGUGUUUGUACCUGCAUCACUGUUAAUACCACAUCAAUCACUGUCCACUUUAGAGUAGUUUAAGUUGCAGAAUAAGUUAAAUAUAAAUAUUUUUUGCCAUAUGCAUACUGCCAUAUUCAAAUGGUAUAUAUCUAACUUUCUUUGUGGACAAAUCUGUGUACAAUGGCGUUUGUCAUCAAUAUGUCACUCGGCAGGUCAGCUCUAGUCCUAUAAUUGUUGUCCAUUCUCAAAGUCCAAUUGUAUGAGGAGAACAGUGUUAUUUAGAUCUGGAAUGUGGAAUCAAUUGCCUAGGAGCAGUAGGCAGUAGAAAUCAUUUGAAAGACCUUAAAACCAUUGAAUUGAAUUUGUAAUUGUAUUUAUUAUUAAUUAAUUGCCAAAAUGUAAUUGUGUUGUGAUUUUGGACCCCAGGAAGACUAGCAACCACUUUAUGGAAGCCAAUGGGGUUCCAAACAAACAAAUAAACACAUAAACAAACUGUCCAAUCAAGAAAAGCUUCAUGAAGUGCAAAGUCUUUAGAGUAACAAGGAUCUUUGUUGUCAGAGUCUACAUUUAAAAAUCUGAACAUACAGGAAUGAGCUUUGGUGUGAGAAGAGUUCUGGUUGUAGGUUGUUGUACUUUUAAGGUCAGAGUAGUUUAGACCAAUCAGGUUUCAGCAAGCUUUGGAGUCUGUAUGGAGAGCAAAAACAGGAGGAACACAAUCCUUUGGUUGGUAAUGUGAGGAGGGUUUAUUUCCUACUUGUAGUACUAGUACUUUAAUUCCUUUUGUUUAACAUAUUCUGCUCCCUGUGGUGUGUUCAGGUGAAUUGAAGCAUGUGACCUCAGUUUGACUCCCUGCUGCUGUUGAUUGUUGUCUUUAUGCAUUCUGGGUUCUUGUGUCAGCGUGCAAAGCUGAAACCUGAGCUGGCAGGUCUGCAUCAGCUGCAUGAUGAUGGCUAUCCGAGAAAGAUCUUUGGUUGAAAAUGCAGGGUUUUAACAUCAGUGUUGCCGACUCCAUGGUGUCAGAUGUUAAACAGGAGAACUGGGACUGCUUAUUCUCAGACUGCACAGGGGUCCUUAAAGGUCCUUAAACAUGUUUGGAAAAGCGCUGACAACCGCACAGCAAUGAAAUGUGUCUAAUGAAGAAAGAGGGUUUUAAAAAAACUUAAAAGAAGUCUUUCCCUCCACACCCCUCGAUCUAUCUGUUCUCAAACAGCUGGGAUGUUUUGUGGUCUAGACGACCCACAGAGAGAACGAUGAGUUCUUAUGAAAUUACUGUUUGUUUGAGCUUCUGUUAAGAGAAAACUCAGCUGACCUCAGUGCCUAUGGUGUAGAAGAAAAAGACUGAAAGAGCAUUAUAAACCCUCAUAGAGCUGCAGUAUUUCUGACAUCAAAAUCAGUCUGAUUAUACAGAAGUAGGUAGAUUCCCUAGGUAGUGAACAAUUUCUUCAUGAGCCAACGGUAUCAAUCUCUAUUUUUAAGUUUUCUCUAGUGCACCAUGAUGUUCAUUUUACAAUUUAUGGCACUGGCCUAAAUAUUAGAUAGUUGUUUUGUCUAUGAAGUUCAACUUCCCUUCGCCGUAUUGUAGCCCGUCAGCCCUGAGAAAGUUGAAGUAAAAAAAAUGUAUUGUUGCCCAACCUACAGGGAAAACAGCUUCAACAAUGCAGUUAGCUGCCAGGGUAAUUAAACUACUGGAAACAUUUACAUAGACAUGCACAGGUAAGAGCCAUGCAUGCCAACUGCUCCGUUUUCAGUUACAAAAACUAACAAAAAUGUGUAAAUUCUGUGUGGGGACCAAAGAAAACAGAGGGUGUUAUAUAACAACAGCACUUUGUUUUUUUUUUUCUUUUUUUGCUACUUCUGCAACACUUCAACUGUUGCCUCCUCCUGUUUACGGUCAAAAUUUGGAUCACAUCUUUUUUCAGAUGAGGGUUCUUCUGGAGGACUUUCUUGUUUUGGUGUUUUUGUAGCUGCACUUUCUUCACAGAGAGAACAUUCAGGCAGCCAACCAGCAGCUCUUAACCAUCAAAGCAGCCCUGCCUACUCAGGAUAAUGAGGUUAGAUCCUCUGCUGAGGCUGAAUUUGUGAUAUUUGUAGCUGAAUUUAAAGCCUUACUUAAAAGAGAACUGUAAUAUGUGUUGUUAGUAGCUUAAAUUAACUUCUAUUACUGAUAUUAUGAAAAAAGCAACUGCUAUGUUAUGUACGCGCUUGUGUCGAUUUUUGCGGAGGCAAAAAGGCCAAUGGCCAGUGUAGGAGCCAGAAUAGAGAGAUGUUUAUUUUUUAUUAUUGAAUGAUAAACAAACACUAUUGGCGCACUGAUUGCUAGGUGGUGGUGGGCGUGGUUUGUAAUUGGGGCGGUGUCACCUGUUGAAGUAAUCAGCUGAUUCACCAGGAGCUGGAGUGUGGAAAUCAGAUGGAGAGGGGGUGAGCUGGGGAGCACACUUUCUGUUGACCGCUACCGCUACGUCGAUAGAGCCACUACAGCCACGCUACAGUUAAGUCGCUACAGUCACAUCGCUUGAGCCACGCCGCUGCUAUGGCUAGAGCCACGCCAUUGCUCCUGCCGCUGGCGCUGCUACCGCCGCCGACAACGUAUUUAACAUCAGCACUUUAGAUCCUCGCACAGAGCACUUUAUUCAGGGACAGAUGCAAUAGUUAAAUAUGCUGCUGGGAACUGUUGUACCACCUGUUUGCUGCUGAAAAUAAAUAGUGAUCAAAUGAGAAAUACUACGGAGUGGACCUGGAUUUAAAAUUAUGUUGGUAUGUCAAUGACGUCACAUCCAAACUUUACUGGCAGCAUCAGCCUUUGCCUGCAUUCAUUCAUCAUGGCUGAGCGCUUUAUCAAAACUUACCUGGUGACUUAAUUAAUGUUAUAUUAAUCCUCGAACAUGUGUAACAUAGCUAGCAUAAUAUGAAGCUAAGAUAGCUAACUGACCAGCUCAGGGCAUUGGGACCUCAUAACUUGAGGAUGUAGCCAACUCCAUUCUUUCUCUUUCACCAAACUUUUUGUGCUUAGUAGAUUUUAUUUGCAUAAUCGCAUCACGCCCGGUGUGUACAGAAAAAAAUUGCCGGCGAAACAUUUGCCUUAUUGCGUGGCUUAUUGCUUAUUCGCAUCACUUCACCUAUUGCCUGGUGUGUAAGGAGCUUUGAAAUAAAACUCAAAGACUGCAAAUAUAAGAUUGAGCAAGUUUUAAUGGUUUUUGUUAAAAAUCUUUAAAAACUUUCAAAGCUGUAGUCUUAUGGUUAUUAAAAGUUAUAAGUGCCCCUGCGGUCUGUCCUCUCAUAACAGCUGACAGUGAGGACAGCCCGGGAUCUCUUUCAGCCUUGAGAUGUUGAUAAGAGACUCAUGUUCAGGCCUGCGGGUGAUUAGACGUUCUGGGAUGGAGUCUUAAACUGCUAUCUGCUUUUGGAGGACUUCCUGUCUGAGAGCGCUGCAGGCCGAUACUCAGCUAUCAAACACUUCACACAUGCUACCAUUAAACAUCACAAAUAACUUCUCCAAACAUGGACCUGCUCACUGUUUGACACCCAAGGACUCCUGUAUUAUUAUUUAGUUGUAAUCUUUGGUGGAUAAAUAACCUCCUCACAAAACGUCAACUUGAGCAUCUUUACUCUGCAUGUAGAAAAGUAUGCUCCUCAUACAGUGAAUACUGGGGAAACCAGUAUCUGAGCUAAUCACACAAAACUGUUUUUGAACCAGACUGUUCACUUUUGCUCCAAAAAUUGGCUUUUCAAAUGGGUGUGUAUGUGUUUUCUGGCUUCUGCAGACAGCCUUCAGUGGAUACUCAGGGAACUGCAGUUUUUCUUGAGACUAAUGGUUGUUACUCACUUUAAACUUACUGCAGCCAUUUCCCUGUUGUUAUUAUUUCCCAACAUCCUCCUGAUAGAGAAGCUAACAGACUUCACACACUUUACUGCUCCCUGAUUGGUGACCACUCUGCCAAUAAUUUUUCUGCAACCUCUUAGCUCAGAAAAGUCUUUAAGUAUCUGUCCCCGAAACUUCCAGCACAGCAAUGAAACUUCAACUCUAUUUGGGCUAGUAAAGGGGGAAUGAUAGAGAGCUAUCUUGCUUAGUCAACUCUGUCAUGAAUUUCGUAUGAAAAACUACUUCCUGUUCAGUGCUGCAGAGAGCGCCCAUAGUAGUUACUGAUAAAGUUCAUAUCAUGAAAUGUCACUGUGUGAAAAAAAAAAAAAAACAGAAAUGAAAGAUCUGAUAGAAUCAACUAUGUUCGGUUUGACUGAGAAGUCAAGAUGAGAAAAGUCUGAGUUUCAAGAAUUUAGUUUUUAAUGUCAUUGUUUUCAAAAAAAAAACUGCAAAUGUGCGAAUUUAAAGGUGCAUAAAAGCUAGGCAUAAACAUACAAGAGUUAUCUUAGACAUGUAAUAAAUGUAUUUAGAAUCUUUUGGAUGUUAGUAAAGAAUGAAACCUACAGACGUGAGGAAAAAGACAACGAGAGAAGAGGACCAAGAUGUCAGAGGACACACGUGUAAACCAGCUGUGCCUGCAGGGAAAGAGUCGCACAAUCCUAAACUCAAAGAGACCAUCCGUCCCAAAAAGAUUACCAACAGAAGCAGAGAGAGAAACUUCAUCUGUCAGCUCAUUAGUGAGCAGAAAUAAAUGUGACAGAAGCUGCUCAGCCUGCAGCUUUGAGCCGAAAUGUGAUUUAGGCUACUGUUUCCUACAGCCAUGAUGCUUCAUGUGAGGACAGUUGAGUUGUCUAAAAGAGAAAGAAUCUGAACUUUUUAAUCGAACUGCAUUAAAAUGAUACACACUUGAGUGUGUGUGAGAACAUAUCCAUGGAUCUGGGUGCAAAUGAGUGGAUGUCUAAAUGCAUGGAUCUAUUUAUGCAUUUGCAAAUUGUUCUAUAACAAUAUCAGCCUCAGACAGAGACUUGUAUGUGAGGGAACUGAGGAGGUUUAAUCAGUUCAGUCCUGAGUGCAGGACAGACGAGCGAAGGACAGAAAAAUGUGGAAGUAGCGCUCACAUUACAGUCUGCACACGUUGAUACAAUACUGCUACUGUUCACACACACACGCACGCACGCACGCACAUACACACACACACACACACACACACACACACACACACACACACACACACACACACACACACAGAGGAGGCUAUGUAUGUUAAAGGUACCAGGUUGACAUUAAACUCCAUUCAUGCAGAUACAGGUCUUCCUCUCCUGAGUAAGAGCAGGUGAAGUCUGACUCAGCAGCUUCUUCAGUUUCCUGCUGAGUCACAGAUAUCCAAAGUUUUUUCAUCAUCAGAUUAAACCAGUUUCCAGAGAUUUAAAAUGUUAAAAAACUUACUGAAACAAAUGUGAACAAACUCAGAGCAGCUCUCUUGAAGACCGAGUGUAAGACUGUCCAUCUCAGGGAUGAAAAUCAGCAUCAUUUUCCUUUAAGCUCAAAGUUCCUAGAUAAAAAAAGUAAUGAUGUGACAAACUGCUAGAGGUAAAUAACAAACAAAGGGUCAUAUCAUGGUGGACAGGAGGGCUGUUGUAUAUAACUAAACAAUGUUGUGGCGACUAAAUCAACUUAAAAACACAGUACAAUAUUCCAACCUUCUAGAUCUAAUCCUUAAAAAAAAAUCUGUGGUGAUUUCUAACAAAGUCUAGCAAAAUAAUGUUACUCCUGUAGUUAACUAACUGUACUAAAUAAGAGUUGCCAUCUUUGUUAUGGUCUGUCAACCAGUUAGAGUCCAUAUCUAAAAUCAACUGAUGCAUUAGGCCCAAUCAGAAUCUGGGGUUCAGUGUCUUAGUGUAAUGAAGUUACUAAAACUCACAAAAAAUGUUGUUGUUUAUACAAAAAUCCAGCACAGGCCAACUUUCCUCACACAAUAAUUGGAUCUGUUUGUCAAACUGAUUAUGGCACUGUAGCAUCUGUGGGUUAUCGAUAAAUAUUCAAUACUAAGAAGGUACAAUCUGACUGACUUAAUAACCAGUGGAGCCCCUGCUGGACAUGAUGACGCCACGUCCUCCCAUUAUGUAUUCAGACCAUAGACUGUAUAAAGAAUGGACAGAGUCUGCCUCCUUGCUGGGUGAAGCCACUCCGAGAACAGCACCCUCUGAUGGUGGGCUGCAAUACAGGUCAUAAAUCCCGCCUCCGCCAGCUAAGCUUAUGGGACUGUGGACAAACUUUAGAAAUUGAUUACACAGAACAUAAUUAUUUCUCGCCCCUGCUUGUGAUGUUGACAUGUAGUUAAUGUAAGACUGGUUUGUGCCCAAGUCCUCUUUUUUCUGUACACCUCCGUUUUUAAAAGUUAUUAGGAGGUUCAUGUUUGCUAUGACUGACACCUGGUACAGCCUAUGCGCGUUCAGGGAUUGCGUAGCUCACCCAGGGGGAUACGCUGUUUGAGCUAAGCGUCAUCACAGCGACUCUCGGCGACUGCGCGGCCGAAUGCGCGCAUCGUUACUGCGCAGCUCUGGUUUCAAGGAAGUGGAGAAAAACCCGGAAUUACCGAGAGCUUUUUGGCUUCAAAUCCGUAUACAGGCGGAAGGCGGAACCAAGUUGUCCAUAGUAUAUACAGUCUAUGAUUCAGACUGGUUCUUCACUUUAACCCCCAUCGACACAGUGGGCUCAGUGAUGUCAUGGUGUGUCCUGGGUGGCAUUGAUGGUUCUGGUUCUGGUGGUAUGUGGCCGAGGGUGGAGAUGGGCAGGGCUUUAUCCACCCAGCUGGAACAGAUUUCCUCUAAAAGCCGAGGCUGAACAAUCAGAGCUGUGUUUCUGAGCAGAGGGGCUCGAUGUAUGUGUGUGUGAUAUAUGUAUAGUGUGUGUGUGUGUGUGUGAUAUAUGUAUAGUGUGUGUGUGUGUGUGUGUGUGUGUGUGUGUGUGUGUGUGUGUGUGUGUGUGUGUGUGUGUGCGCUGUCACAGCUGUUAAACACACUCUGCUGCCGUCUGGUUUAAGAGGCUCAAAGUGCUGAGAUAUCACCUUUAAGUGGCCACACCUGUGUCAGAGUGUUGUUUCCUUUCCCCUCAGGUCUGAUUAAACAAGCCUGCACACCCUAACAGUGACACGUUUUUACAAAGUCUGAUCCCGACAUAGUAAAAACUGGACUGUAGUUGGGCAGGAGUACACCCUAAAGAAAGCACAUCAAACUUUGACAUGGCAACACAAAACAUAAUGUCACUGAGUCUGUGUAAAUGCAAUCAUGCACAUAUGUCCAUGUCCUCUAAUAGGUCCUCAUUUCUGUAUGACUUGAUAAUUGAGGGUUCAUGUUAAAAAGUUGAAAAUAUGAGCCUCAUUGUUAAUGUACUCUUGAGUGUGUAAUGACCUACUGGAGGGGACAGGUGUGUUUCUGAUCACAGACAAAGAUGUAUAUGAAAAAAAAAAGAUUAAAUUCACCUUCAAAUAUUCUUAAUACCGUACUUAGCAAACAGAUGUUUUUCCUACUUGUCUGGAUUUUGAGUAUAAAAGGAAUUGACCCUUAAUCCUGCGGUAUUGGUGCAGUUUAUCCUCAAUCUGCCCCUUUGAAUGUUCAAUGCAAUAUCUGGAACUGACAAAAAUAUACAAAAAUAAUACUCCAGCUGAAGACAAAUGUAUGGUUGAGAUGUGGUACAAUCACCUAAACAGCUAAAAAUGGAUUUAUACUUUUCUGUUUACUGUAAUUGGACACUAAAGUCCUAAAAUGGCAGGCGAUGUAGAUCCUCACUGACCAAAAGGUGCCACCUCCAUAGAUGGGUCCACUUUUUAUAUUCAAUCUAUCAACUGUGAGAAUGCGCAGGUUCAAAUCCAGUGACCUCUGACCUCACUAUUGCCGCAGGAGCGUAACUUAAUUCAGGCUGAAAAGAUCAAAUUAUGGGUUCAAAGCUGAGAUUUCCCCUCAAGCUGCUGUUAAUAAAGACAUCAUCCUCCCAGCUCUGAGUGUGUAUGUGAGAGAGUCUGAGUAGCUCUAAAGAUGCAGCAGCUUUGGCAGGAGAUGGCACUGUUUCCUGUCUCUCUCUUUUCUCUCUCUGUUUACUUCCUGCUGUGUGUGUCAUGUUUCCACUCUGAUGAUCUGCUGCCGUGUCCAUGUCUGGUCUGACUCACCAUGGCUGACGUCCUUCUUGAAUAAAAACACAUUUUCUUAAAACCAUUGGUGUCACUUCUCAGAAAUGUUUCCUCUGAACAGCUGACUGUCCUUGAGCACAAGCUCAUUUUGGCUGUGUUUACCCUAUGACAAAAUGGGAGGUCCCUGCUUUGCUGCUGUGACACCAUCUUAGGCAUCACAGCCUUGUCAGUCUUAUAUGUUCCUCCCUGAUCCUCCUCACAGGAACACGCGUUACAUGCUGACCUCAGAGCAGCCCUGCAGUCUCUGGAGGGUCACUGUCAGUCUGAGCGGCUGAUCUCAGGACUGUUUAACUGUCAGCUGAAACCGGAGCUGAUCUCUGGAGUUUCCCAUCAACACCCUACUGUGACUCACUGCUCAGACAACGAGCUGCAGUUUUGGAUGUUCAAACAUAAAGCCCCUACAGGAGUGCCAAAAACUGUUGUUCUGCGACUGUCCACCAGAGGCUGUCUGUAAGAGAGAUGCAAUCAUCAUAGACCUCCAUCCACCAGGAGGAUAACAACAUAACAAUCUCUGUUAGCUGCACAUAUCCGAACCAAAUAUACAUGUGAAGUUUGGGUCAGAUUGGAGCGUUUGGAGCUUGGUUAUAAACUACCCUCUGACCCAUGGCAAAUCAUAAAACCAGGGGACCUUUGAUCCCCAUUUUCACCUUUAACUCUGUAAGUCUGAGACUACUACAGAGUAGUUCAGUCUGUCAAACUGGUGUCUGUGAAAGACCUCAAUUUCAGCUCACUGUAGUCUCAGACUGAAACACUUUAUUUUGGAUGCUUUUAGAUCACACUUUGGGGAUGUUACCUUUUACACAGCUUUGAUGUCAUGAAACAAUCUAAAAGUUGUACUCGCAUCGAAAACAUCUCCAAUAGCCUAUGCUAGCUCUCCACCAUAUUUAGCCCUUUGUUUUUCACUCAACCCUUCCUCAUACAAGAGAGACCGUCAUUUACAGAUAUGGAGUCAAAUCACAGAGGCAGUUUAAGAGAGUCCACAAUGAAGUCAUAGAGAAAAUAAGAUGAUCUAAGACUGUUGAGAUCCUAAAAUAAGAGACAUGAAAGUGAAAGGAAAUAGAAGUUGAUUUAAUAAAAGAUGUGUAAGAUCGAUUGUACUAAAAUUGUUAAAGAACAGUGACUUGAAUCAAAAGCCAAAGGUACAUAUACGUAGAACUGUGACAAACAGUGGUGAAAAUCAAAUAUUGAUGUCCAGUGCACCUGUGUCUCCCUCAGUCCUGGAGAUCCUGCAGCUUGUAAAGAAGCGAGACCUCCUCCUGGCCGACACUCAUAUCCUGGAGCUGGAGCAGGAGUGUAAUGAGUCUGCUGCCACUGCAGAGCCAGAGGAUGCCAGCGGCUCAAGUGUCAAAGAUGGUGGACGAAGGAAGGCGAAGGACGUGGAGCUGCUGUACGAGGAGCUGCAGAAGGAGCUGUGGGCCGUGGUCAGGGAGUCACUGCGCUCCCCGACGGCUGGGCCGAACCUGGGUCUGGUGGUUCAGGUGAGGACUGCUGCAGGGAUGUGUACACCCAGGGAUGAAAGUUUAUUUUAGCUUUAAGUGUUGUUUCGAUGGAGCCAAGUCUUUGAAAGACUCUGUGUGAACAGACAGAGCAGACAUUUACUAAAUCCUCCUUCACUGAAAGAAACUUACAGCUGCUGCAACCAGAGGGAGAAAAAACCAGCAGACCACCAAACACUGAAUGCAGCAAAAACUGUUUCCUCUUAAUCUGACAAUCUUUAUUACCAUUUUAUAAAAGCCAGUAAUUGGGCACACAAAUUGAUAUUUUUUAUUAGUUACAUAUUAUUUAUGGAUCACAGUUCUGAUUUGGAAACAGAAAUAUACGAUGCCAUUCUCUGCCUGUGAAAGGUUUGAAACUACUAGUUUGAUUUGAUUUUAAGCAACUUUUCUAUUUGGCCUCAUGACUAAAACGAGACAUAAACAUGUGUGUAGGUCCUGCAGCAGGAAGAGCAGACUGACAAAGACUGGGCCCUCAAUGACACUGUGGCCCCUGGGGGCCCGAGGCCUCGCCGUCUGAAACAGCGGUGGAAGGAGGCAGUGGAGGAGGCAGCUGAUGGCUCGCUGCCUCAGAGAGCUGAGUUCACAGCUGGAGAGCUGGACCGGUAUCUGGACCAGCUCCGGGCCCGGGUGGUGGAGGACCUGGGAGCUGCCAAGAGGAAUGUGGUGUCCAUUUACCCUGAGGAGUACCAGCCCUUUGAGGUAAGGGUUAACCUGGACAGACUGUAGAGGGACCACAAAUCUGAAUUCUUUCUAAUAUCCAGCAGGGAGCGACUCAGUGACUGCAAAAAGAAAAAUCAGACAUGCACGUUUGAAUGAUUGUACAUCCUUACUGAAUUAUGGUUAUAUAUUCAUGAACGGUAGUUAGCCAGAAAAAUGCCAGCCUGCAUUACUACCAAUGUCCAGCAGCACGCACAAAUCUGACUGAAGAAAAGUCUAUGAACAAAUGGUUCUACCUCUCAGCUGAUCUGUUCCCUUCUUCUUUACAGUGUGUUGUUUGUUUAGUUAACUAUAGUUUAUUUAGAGUCACAGAGGCCAGAUAGCAAAGCCAAAAACUACCUGAAAGAAGUUCCUCAGAUUAGAGGGAAGUCCAAGCAUCUGGCACCAGACCACUAAAAUCCAUUGUUUUUCAUAUUGUGUUAUUCUGUAUGCAUCCAUAAAAAGUUUGAAUUCCCUCCUAAAUACCUCCCCUAGGGAUUAUUGAUCAUCUGAAAUGAGUGCCUUGCUGCUUUUAUCACAAGCUCUAAAUGCUCUUUUUACAGUCAUUUUUAACCUUUGACCUCUUCGACCAGGUGUACGUGCAGAGCUACCACCAGGCAGUUGCCAGGCGACUACAGGACAUCACUGAUAACCAGCUGGAGAUAACUGACAUUUAUUCCCUCCUGGACUGGCUGCACAACAUAUACAACAGGUACCCAAAACACAGACUUUUGGUGCACACAGAACAGUUAGAUCUGGGGUUAGAGCUGUGAGAUAUAUAUAUAAAAAAAAGAGAAAUUAUUGGAGUUUUUCAAAUGUCUGCUGCUCUGGCUCUGUUUGUUGUGAUAAUAAUAUACUUGAAAAAGGAAUGUUAAUUGUAGGAGUGCUCCUUGUAAGUAGAAGUAUUAAUUAUUUGAAAUCUCUGAGGAAUCUCAUCAUAAUUUACACACCCCGGUAGUAGCCCCCAUGGCCCUUUAAAAAAUUCCAAAGAGAAUUUUCUUGUUGCUUACUAUUAUUUAUAUGGAUGUUUUUAAAACUCUCUCCACUGUCAUCACUUCUUCAGUUUUUACCCUCUUCACUCUGUUUUUUACCCUGCUGACUGUGUUUUCUAUGUCUCUUUGUUUCUCUCUCUCUCUCUCUCUCUGUGUGUGUGUGUGUGUGUGUGUGUGUGUGUGUGUGUGUGUGUGUGUGUGUGUGUGUGUGUGUGUGUGUGUUUGCUGUAGGGAUGUUCUGGGGACGGUGUGCAUCACAAGUCCAUUCAGCCGCUCUCAGCUUAGUCCUCUGCUGCCCUCAGAGACCGUGGACAGACUGGAGCUGGACUGUCUCAACUCUGUCAGGGUGAGACACGCAUUGAAAUCAUUACACUACUUUCUACUCAUAAACAGCUGCUUCAGAUUUAAAAUUAUGAAGAAGAAGAAGAAGAACUUUAUUGAUCCUCGAAGGGAAAUUCAUUUGAAUCUAAAAAUUGAAUCUUGAGCAGUGACUUUCUACCACACACUGAAAAAAUACAAAGGUAAGCAGCAUCCGUGCUCUCCUGAAGUGAAACUGGUAGGAUCCUAGGAUCCUAUCCUUGAAAGUUAAAUCUUUCAAGGAUAAUGUUCAAAAUUAUUCUCAGUAAGGUUGGUCCUUUUGAGCACCCUCAAACUGCUGUUUUAAGACUUAAUCCAAGAUCCUCUGCAGUCGGUGUGAACCAGUUAUCGGCCAAAUGUGGAUUAUCAAGGUGGCUGACUAUCUCCACCUCUGGUGUUAAAAUACAGUCAAUGCAAAAGUGCAAAAAACUGCAGUUCCUCCAGUGGCCACCAGAGGCUGUGUCCUGCAGUGAGUCAGUCCCCAUAGAGCCCCUCUGUAAUAAAUCCAAUGGUCUUUUCUAGAUUAGCAGGAGUAACGACAUUUUUAAUUUGGCUGCCACCAUCUCCGGGCUUUCUUGCGCCUCUAUAGAAAACAGUGCUUCAUGACGUCAUUGAGACUAUCUGCAUUGUUGUACAGAGCCUGUAGUUUUGAUAGGUUCCAAUCGAAACAUAAUUUCAGUUUGUCCUGCUGUUUGUUCUCCUGUGAGUUUUGGAUUUGUAAAGGAAGUCAUAGACAAGAAAUGUUGUAAAGGUUGGGUUUGUUUGCUUUUAACCACGGCUCCUCCCUGUGCAGGCCAAGGUGACCACUGAGCUAAGCCAGGUCCUGGAUGAGGAGGAGAGAAGAUGGAUGGAAACGCUGCACAUUGAAGAGUAUCAGAUCACUCUGGCCACGACUGUCACACAGGUAAUCGCCAUGGUUACUGUAGGUAGUGCUUCCACAUGGCAGCUUUGAUCAGAGUUUCCUGUCAGUUUAAAUAAAGGUUAUUGAAUCAGAGUGAGGUGUUACAUAAAGGUGGAUUCCGCUGUGUGGUGUACGCUGAUUGUUUUCUGAUUCUUUCCUUGAGCUUCGGCCAAAGUCAACAUGGAGGACUUCCUGAUCUCACACACUCUCUCGCACACAAACACACACACACAGACACACAGACACACACACACACACACGUUUUCUCAUGACUUCAACCAUGGUCAUGACCUCAAAUUGAGUCCUUAAAAAUGAGUCAUUUAUUAGAGGACUAUUGAAAAGUUGCUCUAAAAAGCAGGGUCGCUACAAUGUCCAUAAACAGAUACAUGUCCCAAAAAUAUCAGAAAUCAAACACAAACACACACACACUUAGUCCACCUCAUUAAUCAGCUGCUGACCUCCAGUGGCAAAAGAAAAUAUUACAUGAGAAACAAGUUAAAUCUGACAAUUUGUAGUAAAUAAUUUAAAAAGUUGAACAAUAGGCAAAGGAAAAAAGUACUGUUGUCCUUUUACACUAACAUACUGUAUAUAGUGUUAUAUUGUCAAUAAUCUACUGUGUGCUUGAAUGUACCGUCAAACUUAUUGGUUUGUUUUUAUUUAAGCAGGUUAAUGCUGAGCUGAAAGUCCUUUAAUGGCUCCUGCUUGCCCUGUAUUUUAUACGUAGAUUUCUGGUCUUUCUGGAUAUGGAUUAAAAAAUCAAAACAUCACGAGGUUAUCAAGAGUUUAUCAUCCAUAUAAGAAACAAGUGAACUCUUCUUUUGGGGUUUCAGAGGCUUCAGGUGGAUCUGGAGCGUUCUGCCUCCAUCAACAGGAGUUUGGGCUCCAGAGUGGCUCAGUGCAGCCUGAACGGCCUUGCUGACUUCCUGUACAGGUAAACACAUAUUCACAUAUUUUAAAGGUCUUGUAAAAGUUUUUAUUUUUGUCAUGGACAUCUUCCAGUCAUUAUUUAGUCACUGGUGGCAUUAUGGAUGGGAUCACUAUAGAACUAAACAGCCUUUAGGGGAGGAAUCCUUGUUGAAAUCAGAGACACCUGUUAGACUAGUGAAUACUGAGCUGCUAAUUUCUAUUUGUCAAAGCAGUAACUUAACACUGUUGAACAUGAGAGAUGAUAGUUGAUCGCUGUCUUUGUAACUUAUUUCCAGUGGAUCCAAAUUAACCCUUGACAAACAAGGCAACAUUACUAGGUUUUAUUGCAUUAGGUCUGAGACCGGCAGAGAAGCUUCGUAUUUUUUGAAGUGCGAAAACUCAUUUUUUUAUCUUUUACUGGCAUCUGUAAAAAGCUUCAGUCCAGCACAGUGUUGCCAGAUGGGAAAUAUAGAAUUAUAAUAGCAGAGACUCAACAUUAUUGUAUUUUGGGGAAAAUUACCAUACACCCAUCAUAAUCAAAAUAACAAUCUUACUGUUGCAUGAUAUAUACAUAAAGUCUCAUACAGUCACUCUGUUUAGCAUCCUACAGGCAUUCACGAUUUUGUGGCUAUAGUUUGUGGUCAUUUCCCGCCCCACCCCACAUUUCUUCGCCUUCCGUUCAUCACUGUCAUCUCAUUGUUCGGAAACAAACAUCACUCACACUUCAAUUGGAUGGAAACAUCAUGUGGUAAAAGAUGCCUUUAGGGUUGGCAAAUAAAAAACUGAAAAAUAAAGUGUCUGGCAGACCGAGACAGUCCCAUUGCACCACACGUUUACAAAACUGUUAAAUUACCAUAUAUUUAGCCUUUUUUCUGGGUUAUUGAUUGUACAAAUACGAUCGUACACCUGGCAACCAUGGUCCAGCACCAUUCAGCUUCUGCAUGAAACAUGUCAUUUUGGCUUUUCCACCGAUAGAAAGUCAGAUGCAGCUUGGGGUAUUACUUAUUACACAGCUAAGUGGUCAUUAAAUGAUGACAAAGACAUGCUUUUAUAGAAAAUAUCAGAGGCUAGCUGUUAGCAUCCCCUUUUUGCCUCAUUAAUGUAGCUCUUGUCCCUCCAUCCGUUUUUCUUGUAUUCCUUCUGCCUUCAUGAGGGUCUUUCUAGAGGCACAGCUCCAGGUUUCAGCUGAGACUCAAAUCCAGCUUGCACUGGCCUUUGUUCCCAAAGUGGCAAGCCCUAACAGCUACAAUGAUAUCCCGAAAAUAUCUAAACUUUGCUGUUUUCUGGAGCCUUCAUGUUUAGGAAUAGAAAGUAGCUGGGACUUUCCUUCAGGACCAAACACUCAAAGACAGACUGAAUCAGCAAAGUGCAAAGAGAAGAAAAAGGCUAAUCUGUGAAACAGACUUGCUGAUUGUCCUGAGAAGAUGGGAGAGGCUUAGGUCAGGUUCUGGCCAAGUCUUGCAAAGCUAUCAUAGUGAGAUGUUCAGUGAAUUUGUGGUUUGAACAAUGAAUGUUAACUCAUAUAUCAAAGUAUAGGUCAUCGUGAAAGUCUCCUUGGUAGAGUGAUUGUUCAAAAAUAAUCCCCCUUAAUCAAACAUGGCUAUCCCUGAAAGGAUUGGGCUACAGCUAUCACAGUUCAUUCAGACGCUCUCUAAAAAAAAUGGAUGCAAGGCAUCUCAGAAAUAUUUAUAAAUGCCAUUUAUAUACAAAAUGGAGUCUUGGUUUGAAUUAAAGUCACAUAUUCACUAAUCUUGACUGAAGCUUGUGUUUCUAAUCUCUUAUUUCAGUUUCCAGCGUAAAGUUGAGAUGUUUCAUGAAGGGAUGCAGAGCGGGAUGUUUGGAGACAACGAGGAUGGAUAUGUGUCUAAAACCAUUGCCCUGGUCAACUGCUGUCCUCCUUUUAGGUAAAGAUGACAGAAUGACAGUGAUAGAGAUGUUCUGCAUGAACAAACACAGUAACCAGACUGCAUCCAAUUUUGUUAGCAUGAUAGUAGAGUUAGUCUGGUUCCCUGUGUCUAUACUAUUAUUGUCUUGUUGUCUUUUGAUUAAAAUUGUUUUUUUAAUGGUUUUAAAGCAUUUAGGUGAACUUCUGAAAACAUGUAUCGAACAGGAAAUUUUUUACAACAUGGUGUGCCAUAUUUGUCCACAGGGGGGUGUCACUGUUGACCAAAAAAAUUAAAAGUUUGAAAGCUGCUUAAAUUAUAAUAGUUUUGCAUAUCUGAGUUUUGAUCUGAGAGUUGUAAAUCAUAUCACUUUUGCUACUCUCUGGGCUCCUGGUGAAAAAACUUUUCACAGUGGAGACUGUAUAUGUAACAUUCAUUACAGCCAUAAGAUUGUUCAUGCUGCAAAAAUAUACAGAAAUAAUUUUUGUUGUUAAUUUCAAAUUUAAGUUUGACUCAGCAUAAGAAAGAAUAAAAAUUUUGAUGUUUUGUUUUUUAAAAUGGGGACCCCAUCUGUCGAUGUAGAGUUAUGGUUCCUGGUUGGUCAUGAAAAUGUGUGUGUGUGUGUGUGUGUGUGUGUGUGUGUGUGUGUGUGUGUGUGUGUCAUCAGAGGGUUUGUGCAGCGCUGUGCUCAGUGUGAUCCGUCAGUCAGUGAGGACUCUCUGCGUCGGGCCAACAAAGCUCUGGAUAACAUCGUUCAGCAGGGCGUCAGAGUGCUGUCUGAACGCCUUUACCUGCACAUUAGGGUACACACACACACACACACACACACACACACACACACACACACACACACACACACACACACACACACACACCUGAGUGUUUGUCAAACACAAACUGUUUCUUUGUGUCUCUGUCAAUAAAGCUUUUUGAAUUCAAUUUAAUAUUUAACUUUCGUUUAUUCUAAAGCUUUUGCUGAAACACUUUAACCUGAUAACACACAAACAGCUAGAAACAGCACAAACAUAAAGCAUUCAUUCAUGUUUCUAUCAUUAAGGUUUCAGUUUUCCGAUUUAAGUUUUAUUGUUAUCACUUCAGUUUAGUUUAGUUUGGAUCAUAAGGCAUUAAAGUAAAUGUAGUCAUUAAUGUGCAGAUAUCUUCACAGGAGCUCCAAGCAGGUUGUUCUGUUUUAUUAACUUUAUUUAAUGGUACUUUUCAUGGACAACCACUAUGAACUAUUGAACUGAUAGAUUUAUAGAUUGUAUGUCAGAAAAUUGAAUUGCAUUGAAUGGUGUUUAUAAAAGUGGUUUGAUGUCACAUUUAUAGUUAUGAAUAAUAUUAAAAUAAAGAAAAUCUUCCUUGUCUGCAUCUUUCAGCCAUUCUUUGAGCGUCUGGUGAAGAGGAAGUGGUUGAGCAACACCGAGCCAUAUGAGCAGAUCGAAGCUCUCAUUAAGGAGGAUUUUAAGAAAUACCGCAGGAUGGACAGUCCUCCGUACCAGGUAUACACUCCUGUAAUCUGUUCAUAUGAACAGGACAGGGAGCUCCUUUUUUCAAUAACUGGGAUGCACAAAUAUUACUGAUGAGGCUCAGUAUCAGCCAAGAAGUUGAUUUUUGAUCAGUCUGGAUGUUUUAGUCUACCAAUAGGAUUAUAUAUUUAAACACAGAGUAACUAAAUAAAAUGUCAGUUUUAAUGUUUUCAAGAUUUCUGUACUUUAAUGCUUCUCUAAUGGUAGAGUAUAUAUUUAUAAAAGCAUGUUUUUGUCAGACUGUGUGAAGUGAAAAUCUCCUCAGUAACUUUAUAUUUGAUUUAGCUGUAUAAUAACUUUGGGCCCUGAAAAUAAAAUUGAGAAUAUGGAUUUACAAAGCUUUAAAAUGUUCACAUGGGGCAUCUUUAGUGGCAGUCUCGUAGAAGUGUUCUCAUGUUGUUAUAGCUACCAAUUUUAUUGAAUCAAGAUGUUUGUUUGAAAAGUAAAGUUUUCAUGUUUGAUUAUUGAACUGCCAAGUUACAGUCAGAACAGUUUUUUUCUAAAAUAAGAUUAUUGUGAGUCCCUGACUCGGAUAACAAAAGGAUUAAAGGUGACUGUUGGCUGUUAGUGUUUGUAACACAGGGAUUGAAAUCAGCCAGGUUUCCUGUAUAUUUCACCCUAAAUCUAAAGCAGCCGAUUAAGGAGCUCAAUUAGUUGGGUCUCCUUAAUGCUGCUAGUUCAAGGUCUUGUCAGCUGUUUUUUGUUGUCUUCACCGCCUCUCCCCCUCUCUCUCUCUCUGUCUCUUGCCCUCAGCUGCUGGUGGCUGAGGUACACCGCCGCGUGGUGAUGGAGUACCUCCGCUCAGUCAUGAGAGGCAGAAUCAUCUGCACUUCUGCCAAAAUGAGAAAGAGGAUGGCGGGGCGGCUCAGGGACGAAGGCACCCAGAUCAAAGUCCUCUUUAAAGACCUGGUCAGUAGUCAGAAGUAAUGUGGGAAAUCUUAAAGCUGUCAUGCCUCUAGUGAAGUAUGUUAACACUGUAUAUCCGUCUGUUCUUCAGGAGUCUCCAUCCAGCUGGUUGGACAGUGCUCUGUCUCACAUCUCAGAGAUUCUCUUGCUUGAAGACGUCCCCUCCAUCCAGAUGGAAGUCGGGGUUCUAGUCCGAGAGUUUCCAGACGUGAGGUACAAACACACCCAACAAACCCCCUCCUCUGCUUCUUUUCAGUCUUUUUUAUUUGUUUCUUCUUCUGCUGUUUUUUUUUCUUUUUUUUUUUUUGCAUCUUUUGGUUGUGAAAGGUCAAGGAGUGAAACCUGUUUGGUUUUACGGUCUGAUGAGUUAAAAAAUACUUCUGCCUUCACUAAGAUUGAUUUUGUACAGUAUGAAUUAGACUUAAAGCAAAAAUAAUCUGACUGGAGACUAAAAAAGAUCAGGUGUGAGAGAGAAACUAAAGACAAAGCAUUAACACAUAAACACUUUCCUUCCUCUCUGAUGGUGACACGGCUGCUGGGAAAUGUCACCUUUAACCCACUGAGCCUGUGUGUGUGUGUGUUCUAUAUUGAGUAUGGCCCUCUUGUUAUUGUUCUCAUAAUAGCUGUAUGCAUUAUAUUUACCUUCACAAUGAGUCCUGUGAGACUUCUCUCUGCAGACUGCACGUUGUGUUUGACUCCAGUAAUAUCCGAGCAGAGCAAGGUUUUCCUUUCAAUCCUCUAUAUUCUGAAUUUUCAAAUCCAGGGCAGAUUUAAGAUUGUUGGAGGAUUAAAGGAAAAAAAUUAAAGAAAUUACCUGAAUUGUAAAUAAUUAUUAUGAUUAGUUAAAUAAUGAACAAAAUAAUUAAAGUUUAUCAGUUUCAAGAUGUUAUUAUUUGUAUUGCUUUGUAACACAAACCGACAUCAGUGAAGAAAUGCUAAACAAAGACACGUACAACAGUGUUUUAAAUGAAAGUUGAAGACAUUUUCUGACUAAAGUAAAGUUCUAGUAAAAUUAUUUUCCUAUGAGAAUAAAGUGCUACUAAGGUCACACUAGGAGAAUAAAGCCAUGAGAUAAUCAAGUCCCACUGUUAGGAGGUCAAAUUCAUAGGGCUCUAUUUUCGUGUACGCUGGUGAGGUGACGGAGGGCGGCGAGCCCCGCACAGUUGUAUUUUCGUCUGGCAGGUUUCCACAGUGUCAGGCACAUUUCAGUACAAUAAAUAAUCAUCAACAACUAAUAAUCUGAGUCAGCACAUACAUUUAGAUCUAUAUAGAUAUAUUCUGAUCUAAAUCUGAUCUGAUGAGCGCGUUUGGCACGCGUUUGGACACACAACCUGACCGAAUCAACACAGCUGAAACCGCAUUAAAUUGAAUUAAAUAUCUAGUAAAUAAACACACAUGAUGAAGUUGACUAGAUAUGUAAUUCAUCUCCCUCCUUUUCUUUCUUCUUCUUCCUCUUAUUUCUCGCACAGCUCGACCUGGACACGUCUCUGUGUCCUCUCUCCGUCCUGCUGCUGCGGCGGCUGAACAGAUGAUUUGUUUCAGUGCUCAGAUGUGUUAUCUACUUUAAGCCGACAUACAGAUAUUAUAAUAUUCAGUUUUGUGAGCCAAAUUUAUUUUAUAUGCCAACAUCUAUGAAAGAAAGAGCCAGGCCAUGGAGCGCACAAACCACCUUUGUCAUGUGAGGUUUGAAUACAUGCAACUUUAUUUGAGUGUCUUUAUUUGUGGAAAAGGGUGUUUGUCUUACCAGUGGGUCCAACAUUGCACACACCAAAUCCAUCUGUGCUUAUAUGAGAGAGUCUGGAGGACGCCCAAUUCAGCGCUUACACUGACACUUGUUGAGGAGCUGCCUUCUGUCGCCAUCUUGUGGCAUUACUGUCUUCAGACAUCUUUUGAUCUCUUUGACUACUUCACGAAAAUAGUAAUACGCCUCGCCUGUGGUGGAUUUAAAGGCAAGGAGAGGAGCUGAUGUGAUUGGUGAAAACAGGUCUCAGCUGUGUUAAACCCACUCCACGCCCUCUCUCCUCCCUCGCUACGACUUACGCUGCUGAGAGGAGCUGAGUUAGGGAGGGGGGAUACUUACGCCGGGCUGCGCUGCUCACCAAAAUACCAAAUUGUGCUUGAGAACGCCUUGUCGGCGCGGCGGACCUGACUCAUGCCGCGCCUGCGGCACGUCUCCGGCAUGUCUCCGGCGAGGCCCGAAAAUACAGCCCAUAAUGUUACAGAAAGUAAAGCUGUCUUAAAUUCAUGAUGUAAUGAUAAUAAAGUCUUUAUGUCACUUAAAUAAAGUGGUAGUUCUGGCUCAUGGUGAGCAGCUAUCUGGACCAAAAUGAGGAUCAUGAACUGUCUAGUUAAAGUGUCCCUAAUGUUCUCUCCUCUUGGACAUGGUCCCAUGUUGGUCCCGUGUUAUCAGGGUUCAGCCUUUAAUUAGGCUUUGUGUUCAGUAUGAUAGCUGCCAUGUUUACAUUUAAACCACAGUCACCUUUUUAUUCCAUCUUCUAAAAUAUUAACUGGUGGUGCUGAUGUUUCCUCUGUUUAUUUCAUCUCUGUUAAGGAAGAAGCAUGUGUCGGCCAUCUUGAACAUUCGGGGGUUGACUCGGCAGGCGGAGCGUCAGGAGAUCUUAAACAUCGUCAAAGACAUCGAGAGCAGCGACAGUGUUGGCAGUGGUGGAGGAUUGGCCCGGCUAUCCCGGGAUCGUGCUCUCUUUUCAGAGGUGCCGGUCACCUCUGAAGUCCACUGCUUGAAUGUGGGUCUGAGUCGCAUCGCUCUUACAGCCUCUUCCUGUUUCAGCACGCUGAGACCACGCCGUCGCAAGACUCGAACGCCAGCCUUGGAAAAUCCUGAUGAUGUUCUCUGAAGAGCAUACUUCUGCAAGUCCAAAUAAGUUUUUACCAUUGACGUGGUCCAAAUGAUCAUCAACUAAACCAGCAAGACUGAGACUGUCCAUCAGGCUGCUGCUGUAGAAGAAUCAAAUGACUGCAUUUUUCUCUUCUGAUGCUUUUAAGGAAAAUAAGAUUUUUGUAAAGAUGAGUUCGAUGUCAAACUGACUGAAAAUAACUAAACUUUGACUUUUGAUUUCCGUUUCUUUGAAACAGUGAAUGAGGGACGAGCUAAUGUUUGUUUUUGUUAACUGAAUGAAAAUAUUCAAGAUGAACUGCUGGACAUUAAAAGUCCAUCAUAAUGUCCCCACUGCUCAAAUAAUCCGUCACUCAAAAUACAAGCCACACAUUUACACAUUAGAUAGUCAGUUAAAGGGUGCAGGGUCUUUUUUAUAUAACUCACCUGCAUCAGGUUCUCCGUGUGUACAAAUCCUCUCUCCCUCCUUCUUUCUCAUUGCCAUAUACAAACUUUUUGCAAUGCAUGUUCAAAAAAGACACAAUUAAUGGUGGGGCAUCAUCAGUUUACAUUUUGGGAGCAAGUGAACUGAGUGUCUAUCCAGGGUUGUCUCUUGGACUUCAGGACAUUAGGGGCUGGGCCUCAACACACACAGACACACCCCCAGACCCUCAUUCCAUAUAAGAAGAGAAAGUCUAUAAUACCAUUGAAGCCACUAAAAGACAGUUCUGUUUCUUGACCAUGAAUUGAAUCAGUCUGCAGACAGUAAACAUGAACACUGUCACAGGGCCUCUGAGACCCAGGUCUAGCAUAGCAGUAAUCUCUGCAUGUCUCCUCUUCGCUUCCUGUCAGUCCUUCAGUAGUGCAGAGUUAAAUAUGUGUAAAGAUUUGCUCAUGACAAAAUUGCAUGUGUACACAAAUGUAAGGUUGAACAGCAAGUACAUCCCCUUAAGUCCUUGAAGUGGGAGGCCCAGGUUCAAAUCUGACUUGUGGCCCUUGCCACAUGCCAGUCCCCACUCUUUUGUCCCAGGCAUCAAAAAACCAAAAGAAAAUCCCCCAAUUGUUUUUUUUUUUAUAAUCCUGACAGAAACCGGGUCAGUGUUCAUCCUACUAAGAGGAAACACAAAAGAAAGGUAAAGACUGGCGUCCCUGGUGGAUGAGGUUUAACAAUGAGGACUGGCUAUCAAAAACCAGUAGUGUAGAUUAGAUUAAAAGAGUAGAUAGGAAAUAAAUGGAAACAAAAUCAUGUGAUAGUCAACUGAUAAUAACUUGUGUUUGUUUCAUAUGGGAUCUCUUCUAUCCAGUUUGGUUUCAUCAGUUUUAAACUAGAUGAAUAGUUUCCUGCAGUUAUUCUGGACUUUGGUUUUAGAUGAACUUCAUAGACAAUCAAUAUAUGAAAAACAGUUCCAAGAAUGAGAGGGGUCUUCUGGACAAAGGCUGGAACAAGAGGCCAGAACCAAACUGACUCUAACAGAUGAGGAAGACUGCUGUCACUUUGUGCGGACUGAAUUAGUAAACUGGAAUGAAAUCCAAUACUGAAGCACCUGGACUGAAACACACAGGUAACCACAGGACCUGCCUAAUAUUGGUGUUAAAAAUAAAUAUAGAUUUUAUGAGGAUUUCUAACAUUUUCAGGAUGUCUCCUGGAGCUCUUAUAAAUGUGGAGAAAGUCCACGAAGAACAGUUUUAUUGUUGCACAUGAUAAGAGAAAAAAAAUGAAAAUGUUGAGAUUUAAUCAAAGGUACUGGAUGAUGAUCUGAGUCUUUAUCAUGGUGUGUAUUUAAAGCGGUGAUUUUAGUCUGAGCUCUUUGGAGUGAUGAGGUAUAUAGAUAAAGACGCUGAAUUUACUGUGUAAUAGUUUCUGUUUGAUUUUGAAGACACGAGAAGGAUGACUGUCACUAUUUCACAGACAGAAACAUCUUUUCAUAUCCUAUUAUAUCCUACUUUCACUUCCACGUUUAACAGUUAAUCUGACAAACUAUUAGCAAGUAAUUUAUCUUCUUAUACUGAUUAUUUUCUGUGCUUGGUCACUUUGUUUCUUCAAGCCUUCUUCUUUCUGUGUAAACCUUGUCUUCAUGUACUGAUGAGUUAAAGAGCAGCAUCAGUGGUGCAUUCACAGACACUCAGAGAUUGAAGUUCUCCCUUAUUAAAGCAAACUUUGACUUUCUGACAUGUAAAGGCAAAUUUAUCAGUUCCUUUUUAAGUGCAACUCCUAGAGACAAAACUUGUAGUGAUAGACUGACCAUCAGGGGAUGGUACAGACAAAGCACUGAGUUUGUAAGUCACAUUUUUCAGCUCUUUAGAUCAGAAACAUUCAUUCAUUUUUCUACUCUUUCCUUGGCCUGGUGUAAAUGUGGAUGUAUGACAUAAAUCUCUCUGUACAGAUCAGAUUUUAAAGACAAUAAGAUGGAUCAGAUCACUGAUUGUUGUUCUCUAGUUUGUGCUAUAAAUAAAAAACUCAUGUUAAAUUUGA